AGAUAGGGUUUAGUUUGAGAGGGGAGAGAGUUGGUUCUGGGUUGAAACAGCCACUCUUGAGAAACAUAUCCAAAGCUAGAGAAAGGAGUCUCUGAGCUUAGUGUGAAGGACGGUGUGUGGUAUUAGGCCAGGAGUUAACUGGGAGGCUGAGCCAGAAGAAGUAGAAGCUAAAAGGAUACAGUCUACUUAGGUCUCGUUCUAGUCAGGAGGGGAGAGAUUCUUCUAGAAAGAGAAGACUCCCAAAUCAGUUAAGAGGGGUGUGGUGAUCCCCUGGGUCUGUUACUUGGAGUACCUCGGGAGUGGGGUUGUCAAAGGGCUGGGUAACUGACAGAAAGUACCACCUUGUUUAAGAACCAAAGUAUUAAGCUGCAACACCUGUUCAACAACUGAGUUAAAGAACUGAAGUGAAAUAACUGGAAAUAAGCUGAGCAUUUGCCAUCUAGUCUAGAAACAUCUACCUGAAGUGAAGUAACUGAACAUAAGCAACUGAAGUUUAAAAGAAGCUGCGCUUGAUUAAAAGCCCGUAACAUCCGUUAGAUUCAGUAUAAAUACUAUUAGGUGAACGGUUUCCUGAAAUAGCAUUACGGUAUAUCCUGAUGUAUCCUUUGUUUUAUCCACGUUGUUCUGUUAAACAAAUCUUUCUUACUUGUUCCAACUUCUGCAUUAGUCUCCCAAGUACCAAAGUUUUCCCUCACACAAAAUCCAAAAAGAUAACCUGUGGUGGUUAUUAUAGAGUGUGUGUGCAGUUUGGAUCUGCUGCAAUUGGUAUAUAAGCGGUGGGAUCUGUUAUAGAAGCUUUUUCAAAUCAGAGGUGCUGCAGAGCUCAGGAAAGUUUACUGAGGGAGAAAGCAACACACGUCCCUCACCCACCUUGCAAUAAAUUUCAGAACGCCAUGCCCUGCCAAUUCUGAAGUGCCCUGAGGAUGAAGGAGGAAAAUGGAAAAUGCCUUUUGUGGGAGAAAGUGUUUGAGAACCUGCUGGACAGAGUUUGGCACAGCUCUAAUUCUGAGCGAGGUAGAAAUUUGGGAGCCGGACUGUGCAAGUUAAACACAAGCAGUCCUGGAGCUCCCUCUGCUGACUACCAGAUAUCAUUUCCACCUCACCCAGCAGGUGAGGGUGCCAUUCCCUCACAGAGAGAAGCAUUCACCACCCCACGAAGCCCAUCGCCCAGCCCUUCCCGGCAAUAAUAAUAAUAAUAAUAAUAAUAAUUCAUUAUUUAUACCCCGCCCAUCUGGCUGGGCUUCCCCAGCCUCUCUGGGCUGCUUCCAAAAAAAUAUUAAAAUACUGUAAUACAUCAAACAUUAAAAGCUUCCCUAGAUUUUAUAAGCCAGGAUGGGCAAGGAUCAAUGGACAGGAAAGUGUCCAUAGGUUUUGCAGCUUAAAUGUUGAGUUCAAUGGUUCAACAUCGAUACAUAUCAGAUACAGUGCAGGGUUAGCAAAAUAAUUACAACCCCAGGGCUGGAGGCAGGGAGAGACGCAAUAUACAUGCAUACAGAUUUUGUCUUUUUAACUAGGAGAAUAACAAAACCCACAGUCAAAAAGAGCCUUAAAAUGCAGACAACUUAGACUCAUCACUCCUUUAACAAAUUUUGAUGCCCUCAGGGAUGACCUAUUUUUUUCUGUAGUCUUAAGGUUGCAGUCUUCAACUAGGAUUUAAACAUGAAAUUAAUCUAAGUUCCCCAAGUGUAAAGAAAGCACCUGAGAGAUAAAUCAGGAUUUGUAUCACAUGAAAAUUGCAGUCCUGAACAAUGGUUGCAAACCUUCCCCCCACCCUACCCUCCAUGGACCACUUGAAAAUUGCUGAUGGCCAUGUUGGACCACUUAGUGAUUUUUCUGCCUGCUGUAGCAAUUGUAAUAUGCUGUAUUGCAAUUCCUUCCUUUAAUUUUAUUAUAUUACAAUCUGAAUUCCAUAUAAUUCAAACUGUGAGAUGAUAGAAUGCAAUAUAAGAAAUCUAUCUUGUCCUUACCAACCAGAUGCCCCAGUGGGAAGUCUGCAAGCAAGACCUGAGAGCAAGCCUUCUACAUUUAUUUAUUUGAACAAAUCAUAUACUUGCAGGACAUCUUCAGGAGAAGAAACGGCUAAGAAGUAAACCCUACACGAAUCUGGAGCAGAGUCCCUAAGACGGUUGGAUGGCACCUUAUAUACCUCCUUCCUGCAACUCCUGCAGCCAAUCUGGUGCCAAAUAUCUUGCUCAGUGGUUAGAACAUCUACUUUGCAUGCAGAAGGUCCCGGGUUCCAUCCCUGGCAGUUCCAAGUAGGGUUGGGCAAUGCUUUUAUUCUAGAAAAAAAGGUGCCUGUGCUCACCAUGAAGUUGUUUCAGUAAGUGCCAUACCUUCUACCAGUGCUUUUCUUAUUGGGGGGAAAAGGUGUCUGUACUGCGUACUCUUGAGUACCCCCAGGGGGGGAAAGCACUAGGGUUGGGAAAGACUCCUACCUGGAAUCCUGGAGAGCCAUUGCUCCCAGUCUGUGCAGACAAUGCUGAAAUAGAUGGACCAAUAGAAUGAGUCAACUUUUGCAAUACCUCAAGGACCACCUCUCUCUAUAUGAACCUAUCCAGACUCUGGGAUCAUCUUCUGAGACCCUUCUUUGUGUGCUCCCUCCACGAUAGAUGUGGAGGCUGGCAACACAAUAAUUGGCAUUUUCAGUGGUGACUCGCUGUGGAAUGCUCUCCCUCAGGAGUUUGGCUGGAGUCUUCAUUAUACAUCUUUAGGCACCAGGCGAAAACGUUCUUCUUUAACUAAGCCUUUGGCUGAUUGACAUCGAAGGGCCUUUUAAAGUGUGUUGUGGAAGGUGGAUUUUUGGGUUGUCUUUGUUUUCAUUUUCAUUUUUAUUAUGUAUUUUGUGUUUUUUAUAUUGUGAUUUUCAUGUUCCACCCUGAGAGCUACAAGUAUAGGGCGGUAUACAAAUUUAAAUAAUAAUACAAAUUAAUAGGUCUCUCAUUAACCCCACCCAGCAUGGCCAGUGGUCAGGAAUGCUGGGAAUUCCUACCCAACAAUGCUCAAAGGGCCACAGAUUUCCCAGCCGUACCAGGGAGCAUUCUUAUUCAAAACAGGGCCACACUUUAUAGAUGUUGAGCGGGUGUAGGUAGGUUCAGCUGGUUUGUCAGGCAGUGAAUCCCAUGCCCUGCGGGAUAAGCUUCUCUGGCUGUGCAAGAGAGUUACCUCCUGCCUUUUCUGCUGUGGCCUGUUUCAGCAGGCAAGAUUGCUGGUUUUGUCUUCCAAAAAGGCCUGAGAUGGAAGGUUGCUGACUUAAAAAUAAUAAUAAAUAAAUCAAGGGUGUGUGCCAGUGUUAUGGAAAGAAGGCAGGAGAGCACAUGAUAUAAGAACACUCAUUUUGAAAUAUUAAGUACAAUUUGUGGCACAGACAGGAGCAUUUGCUGUGAUGGUUUAGGUCAGGGGUCAGCAAACUUUUUCAGCAGGGGGCCGGUCCACUGUCCCUCAGACCUUGUGGGGGGCCAGACUAUAAUUUUUUGGGGGGGGGGAGUGAACUAAUUCCUAUGCCCCACAAAUAACCCAGGGAUGCAUUUUAAAUAAAAGCACACAUUCUACUCAUGUAAAAACACGCUGAUUCCCAGACUGUUCGCAGGCCGGAUUUAGAAGGCAAUUGGGCUGGAUCCGGCCCCCAGGCCUUAGUUUGCCUACCCAUGGUUUAGGUCACAUUUUUAGUGAUCUGAGACAGGUUGAGUCAAUUCCAAAUUUGUGGACUUAUUAAGAGAGAUCAGAGUUCCUCCACCCCAAAAAAAUUAAUUUACAGUAGGCUUUCUUCUGAUGUCAGAGUCACAAAAUCACCAAUUAUGCAAAAUGGAAGAUCAAGCCCUGUGUUGCUUUGGGUACAAUCCUAUAGGGAACCUCCUAUUGAAUGUUCUGGUGGGAAUCAUAAGUGAGAUACCCACGGAGUAGAAUUUGCUCCCAGUAUCAGCUGCCAUGUAGAAGUAGACAAAUGUUAAGAUAGUUUACUGUUGUAGAAGAUAAGGCUCAGCAAAACAAUUCUGGAUGUAGAUAUGUACAGCUUGUAGGCUUUUGAAAACCCAGAUAUAAACAGAUACACACAAGUACAAAGUAUCUCUGCUGCUCUAAAUAAAUUCAGCAAUUCAAGACACAACAUUGGACUAACAGACAGGCUCCAGACUAACAGACUAUUUUGCUGACGUGCAUUAAUCACAGAUACAGUUGGGGUACUGGGCUGUUACCAUAGCAACCGUCUUGGAUGACCUUGCACCUGUGAUUAGCUCAUUCAUGGGAUGAUUUAUGCUCAUGAAGGAAAUUAACCCUUUCUCAUGUCCAGUUACUCCAGCAUGCUCUACCAAGGGAGGUUCCACCUGUAUUCCAGUUGACUGACUACCGCUUCGUAGGGUGCGAUCAACUUGUAUGCAUUGUGUGGUGAUCAUGUCAAGAGAGUGGUUUUUAUUAAUAAUUUUGUAUUUUACUGAUGUGGUCAUUAGAAUGGAAUGCUUUAUUGUGUUGCAUAUGGUUGAAUUUUUAUAUGCCUUUAUUAUUAUAUUGUAGAUUGCCUAGAGAUGACCAGUAUUAGAUGAUCAAGGUAAGAUAGAGCCAUAAUUUGGUAGCUACAUUUAGUCAACCAACCAACCAACCACUUGAUUGUUCUGUCCAAAGACCAUGACAGGUUGCAUGUAAUCUCAAUAGUGCCACUACACAAUGCAGAGCUUUUGGUGUCUCUGAAAAACAACCAUACCCAAAUCUCCACCCUCUGUUGGCCCACCCACAUGUCUCCCUGAUACUUCUUAGAAUUCUUCUUUGUUAUAUUCUGUUGCCCAUUCUGCCUGCUCAUUGAGAAGAGCCAAUGCCUAUUGGAAAGCCUUAGUCAUGCAUAUGGGUAAAAAAAGCAGAGGAUUAGUUGGGAACAUUUGCAGCCCUCCAGAGGUUGUUGGACGCCAACAUGGACUCAGGGAUGUGGGGAGUUAUAGUCCUGCAACAUCCCUCAUCCCUGAUUUAAGACCAAAGGAAAAUCAACAGGGUUAAAAUAAGGAGAGACUAUGUCUCAGAGGUGGGGUGCAUGCCUUGCAGGCAGAAGAUCCCACAUUCAUUCCCUAGUAUCUCCAGUUAAAAGAAUCAGAUACUACAUAUUGGAGAAAGCCUCAUGUCUUCUUGAAACCGUAGAGGGACCAGUUUGUAUGCCUAAUUCAUUUACUCUAUGAUUGCCUAUCUUCUGAAGAUUUAAAUGCAAAGAAAGUGUGUGUUCUUUUGGUUAAAGAUAAACUAAGGGAGGAACAUAAUUGCCCAGCCAUGUCAGUAGUUGAAAGCUUGCCCCAGAAGCGGCAGUGUGCACAUUGGCAGGCUCCAUGGUGCCUUAAUCUUCACGCACAUUCAUUGACCCUAGGGAUUAUGCACCCACUCUCCAGAGCAGAGCAGUGGCCCUCCAUAGGUUGCUGAAAUACUGCUGGCUGGGACUGAUGCAGUCCAACCAUGUCUGGAGGACCACAGGUUCUACAUUGCUGCUCCAUGGGCCCUGUGAACGGGAGCUGGUCCCUGACAAAGGACAAUGGGGAAGGAUACAACCCCAGUGAAAAAGCACAGAGUUUGCAUGCAGAAAGUUUCACAUCCAAUGCCUAGUGUCUCUAGUUUAAGAAAACCAGGAAGCAGAUGAUGGAAUAAUCCAUGUCUGCAAUCCUGGAGAGCCGCUGCCAGUCAGAGUAGACAAUACUGAACUAGGUGGAUGAUAGGCAGUGCUUCCUGUGUUCUUAUUCCUCUCUCACACGCUAUGAAAAGAGUAUCCCUGGGAACGUGCAGAGUGCAUUUCUCCCACUGAGUCCCUGCAGCUGACUCUUCUCCCGUCCUCUCCCACUUACACACAGCUGGAAUCAGCUCCUCUGCUAUAUUGGUUGGAGCAUCAACUACCACACCCCUCACCCCCAAAUCAAGUGCAAAUAUAUUUCAUUAGGAAAUAAGUUGACAAGACCUGCUCAAGCGCUGAAAGGAAACCUACCGUAACCCAGAUCCUAGUGGCUUCUGCUGAACAAACCCACCUCAUAAAAAGAGUGGGGUUGGUGGAACUUGAAUUUGUGUGCAUAUUUCCCUGGCACAAAGGGCAACAGCUGGGCACAGCAGGAGUUUCAUUCUCAGACAAAUAAUCCAUCUGACCUGCUUUUUGCUCUCUGUUCUCACUCUUAGAAACCACACUCCGGCUUCGAUUCUGCUAUAGCAGUGGGUUUGGGGUCACCUGGUGCAUCCCUUCAAAGCAUUUAAAUGACGAAAUCAGCAGCCAUGCACUCUGGGCUUUUGAAGAUUGAUAGUGCCAGGUGAGCAAUCUUUCCCAGCAAUGGGCAAUCCACAAGAAUGAAUGAAUGAAUCUUUAUUUACGUCAGCCAUCGGCUAUAGCAAUAAAACAACAAUAAAAUAUACAGUGGUACCUCGGGUUAAGUACUUAAUUCGUUCCGGAGGUCUGUUCUUAACCUGAAACUGUUCUUAACCUGAAGCACCACUUUAGCUAAUGGGGCCUCCUGCUGCUGCUGUGCCGCCGGAGCCCGAUUUCUGUUCUUAUCCUGAAGCAAAGUUCUUAACCUGAAGCACUAUUUCUGGGUUAGCGGAGUGUGUAACCUGAAGCGUAUGUAAUCAGAGGUACCACUGCACAAAGAAUAGGGGUUGGGGUGGUGCUCUGCGUGAUUGUGAUCCCCCUAAUAUUCUUAAGAAUCCUUUGGAGUGUACGGACAUUCUUUGGCGAACAGGCAAACCAGGUGGAAAGGGUUCAGGGCAGGGGGAAUUUGGAAACCAGAGGGACAGACACUCUGUGGAAGAAGCUUAUUUAUUUGCAUCCCACCUAAAGCCUUGAUUUAGCAUUUUUGCAGCCUGAUCCCAAGCACAUUUACUAAGACAUGAACCCCAGAUUUAAAGAGAGUUAUUUGCAAGCUGAGUAUGCCUAGGAUUGCAGCAUUAGCUCUCACAAACGCUCUGUAAAAUAGGAUAGACUGGCAGUGUUUUGCCCCAAAACCUCCAACAGCCCUGCAAGGGAGGCCAGCUGUGACUUCAUAGCUGACAACGGAUACUUUUAAGAGAACCCUGAAAACAAUAAUAAUAAUUAACUACAAGGCUGACAAAAAUAUAUUUUCAAUAUCAGUGCUGGAACAUUCACCAAUCAAUAACAUUAAUAAAUUGACAACCUUAAAAAUGUCUGCCCAAUUACCGUAACUGGGCAGAUUUAUUUUAAAACUAUAAUUAAUACAAAUGUGGGGUAGGCACCAUCUCCGUCACGAUGCCUCUUGCAUCCUCUGUUCUUAUUUCUGUGUUAUUACACAGAAAGGACUGCUACUCUGAGCUUUUAUAUUCUACUGAUGCAAAUGUUUGCAUGUUUAAUGGAUGACUAUCACUCCAUCAAAAUUCUCCUGCAUCGUUACUUAGAAGCAAGCCCGUUUUCGGGGCCUGAUCCCAAGCAAGGGUGCCUGAUGGUGCGAUCUAUGCACGUUUACUUGGGCGGUAGGCCUUUUAGGAAAAGUGGGACUUGCUUCAGAGUAAAUGCGCACAGAGCCUUACUCUGCAAGGUCUCUUUAAGCGACUGACAGCCUCAACGAGGGUCAAACACACCCUGUCAGAACUAACCCCGCCUCUUAUUUCCUUGCAUGGGGAGGGAGGGGGCUGUGGGGAGAGAGAGAGAGAAAAAGCAUGCUGGGGGUGCGCAUGCGCACACUUUGCCCCUUCCCCACGCUCCAUGUUCUCGUUCUCUCUUGCCCUCUGACUCACGAGCCCAGUCUGGGGAAGGAGGGGGCGUGGCUUCCCCCUCGCCGUCUCGCGCGAGCUGCGGCCGAGAAGGGGGUAAGCGGGAGGGGCGGGGCGAGCGGGACGUUGAGAGAGCGGUGGGCGGGGCGAGCGGAACGUUGUGUAUAUCGGUCGAAUGUCUCAGCGUUCCGAAAGGCCCGGUCGGGCAGCACGUGGGGGGACGACCGAGGAGCCCGCGGCGGGUGGAGGGGCCGGGCGCGGCGGCAGCGCACGGGGGCUUGGCACCGGCACCGGGGGUGGGACGGCCAGGAGGAGACGGAGGAGGGCGAGCAUCACCGGGCGGAUCGUGAGUAGCGGCUUUAACUGGAGGGUUAAGGCGCCAGUCCUCAUGGGGGAGGGCUUCUUUAUGAUCAAACACGCGCUUUGCUUUUUGUGGGAAGACAGAGCGGCAGUUCGGGGCCUCCGCUGGAUUAAACGAACGGUUGCUCCUUCCCAAGUAGCGAUUUUUUAAUUGCAUUUGUUGGGUGUUUUUUGCCGUUUUCUCUCCCCUCCCUCCCGCAACAACUUCCCGACUCGCCCCUGCAGCUGUGCCCCUUUAAGGGUCUUCUGGUCUGCUGCAGUUAGCAGGUGAGAGAGCGCUCAGCUUCGCCGGCCGGCGGCAUUUUGCACCGAGAAGCACCAGGAGCAGGCCUCGGUAACCUCUCCUCCUUCGCCUGCUCCGCGUUGGCGUUUCGCCCACCCAGCCCGUGGCACGUGGUUCGGCCCUUCCUCGUUAUGGGCCGCUCUCCACCCCACAUGCACUCUCCCACCCACCCUAGAUUCGUAAAGCGGCGGCUUCUUAGGGGAUCCCUUCGCUCGAGCCCAGGCUGGAGAUUAACCCUUGUUAAAGCGCGGCUCUUCCGCGGUGCUCUCGCCGACUUUGUCUUGUGCAUUAAACAAAAAGAAAGCGUUUUAUAGUGUCCUUCGAAAAUUCAGAAAAGUUUUGCACCCGUGAUUUUGUUGAACGUGGAGCCACUCCUCCUUGGCCCCAGUGCACUGUCAUUAGCCUGCCCUUGGGAGCUCCUCUUUGCGGUGUGGCACUGAAAUGUGUAUCUUCCUUUUCAUGUCUCUGUACUAGCAUUUCUGCCCCACCUUGGGGGGGGGGGGAUAAGGAGACAAACUGUUCCUUAAUUCUCUCCUCUUCUCUGCUCUCUGGGUCCUCCAUUCCCCCUUAUGAACUUUGAACAGCUAAGCACUAUGGCGCUAUAUCACCUUAAGUAGGAAACCUGGGACCUCUGGUAAGAUUCUCCCUCGUUGUUGCAGGUGGUGUUGUGGCUUCUCUGAGCCCUUGGCUUGUGGAAAGUGUUCAUGGCUUGGAGGAACAGGUGCUAGGCCUGCCUGGAGUCUGCCAAUGAAGACUCACAGGUCUGUGUCACCUCUCUUCUCAUCCCGUGAAGAUGCCACUGGAUUGAGCCUGUGUGAUUUGCUCUGGUUGCUGCUUUUAAACUCAUAGGCCGAGAAAACAUUAGGUGUAGACUCUCUUGUGCACACACACACACACACACACACACACAAAAUGCACAUGUAGGCAACAUGCACACCAUACAUUUAAAGCAUACAGCUUCCUGCAAAGAAUCCUGGGAACUGUCGUUUCACCCCUCACAGUUCCUAGUACUCUUAACGAACUGAUUGUUUGGGUAAAGCCGUGUGGUUUAAAUAUACAGUGUGUUUAUUUCCCUUGUGUUAAGUUCUGGUACAACAGCAUGCUGAGCAAAAUCUACUUUUCUGGGUAGCUUUGGUCAAGUUGCCUUUUUCUCCACUAUAUCUGCAGCCGAGGCCUACCUCACAGGGUUGUUGAGUUGCUCUGUGCUUGUAAGGGAAACCUAGCAUUAUUGAGUGGCAGGUGGUGUUUGGUGAAGCAAGAGGCUGCUGUUGGCUGUUAACAAGAGGUUUGCAUUGUAGGACUUUCACACAAUGGGUGAGAGUUUGGAUGGCUGUUGAGUUAGGUUAAGAUACUUGUUCAGGUGUGAAACUCAUUAGCACCCCCCUGCCAAAAAACAACCAAACCCUCUUAUGCUGCAAGGAGUAAUAUGAGUGUCUUACUGAAACAGUGAGGUCCUCUCUGACCUUUACCCCUCCACCCCAAAUACAAGACACAGAGCUGGCUUGGGUGUGUUCUGUGAGUGUUUGGCAUUUGUUUUGGCUACAUGGACUGUGAUAAUUCCUCUAGAGUAAUUGCCACACCUUGUGUCUGCCUUUUCAAUUACUUCAUGUGCCUUUGCUUUUACACACAUACACAGGCAAACACUUUGACAAUUAUUGGGAAAUAAUUUGAUUGUAAACACAUUUUUGUGUGUGUGUGAAAAAUUUCUGGUGUAACGCAACUACAUGCUCUUGGCCCUGACGUUAUUCCAAUGGGAGAUGGGGCUCUGGCUCAGUGGGUGGAGCUUCUGUUUUGUGUGUAGAAGGUCUCUGGCUCAGACCCCAGAAGCAUCUCUAGCUACAGCCAAGAGAAGCUCCCUUCGUGAAUCCCUGGAGUGCUCUGCCAGUCAGUGUACACUAUACUGAGGUACAUGGGCCCAAUGGUCUGACUCAGGAGAAGGCCGUUUUCCGUUUUCCCUAAGCAGGUGAAUCACCAGUUGGACCGAUGUGCUUUUUUGGUACUUUUUAAUUUAUUGCAUUUACAUCCCUUCUUUUUCCUCAAGGAGCUCAAGGUGGCCUACAUGGUUUCCCCCCUCCUCAUUUAAUCCCCACACAACCCUGUGAGGCAGGUUAGGCUGAGAGGUAGUGACUGGCCCCCAGGAUCACCCAGUGAGCUUAAUGGAGAUUUGAACCCAGAUCCCCCAGGUUCUGCUCUGACACUGUUAAGUAAGUGCUUCCCAAACUUGGGGUCUCUAGCUGUUUUUGAACUACAAUUCCCAUCAUCUCUGACCACUGGCCCUGCUAGCUAAGGACAAUGGGAGUUGUAGUCCAAAAACAGCUGGAGACCCAAGUUUGGGAAACACUGCUCUAACCACUAGACUGCAGUUUAAUUUGCAUUGUGAUGCACAAAUAUGACACCGGCAGAUUUGAGAAGAGGGUGCCUUGUGCCUGAGGACAUCUUUUAGGAUCUGUUGAUCUCUCUGUAGUGGUGACCCUGGCCUUUGCCCUUUGACUGUGCCCUCUGUCACCUUCCUGAGUCUGGCAGAUGAGGAGGGAGAAGGAAAAUAAGUUUCAAUGGGACAAGUUCUCCAGCUUCCCUUGUUUGCUUUCAUCCUGUCUGAGGUGAGCAAGUUCCUGGUGCCCGGAUCCCCAAGCAAGGCCUUUGUAGCAGGCUAGUGAGCUCCCUUGCCUUCUCAGAGGAAUUGCCCUACUGGCGCUUCCUGGCGUAAGAGGCUGCUGGAGGUCACCCUCCCUGCACUGCUCUCUCCUUCCCUCCCUGGAGGGGGCUAGUGUUGAAUGGUAACUUGAGAAAUGUCACUCACUCUUUCCUCCUCCAGUCCCUCCUCCGCUGGAGUCGGUCUUCUCCCAUUGGCUGCUGGUGAUGCCUUCCUCUUGCAAGCGGGGGAAUGAUUAAGCAAAGUUGGAAGGUUUUUUGGGGGGAAUGGAAGGAGUCCAAAAGCCUCGCUUUUCUGCUGAAGCAGAGACCUCAGUCCCCCAACGCUUAGGCGGAUUCCUGAAGGUACAGCUGUUUUAAAUGGAAGCCUUAAAAAAAAAGAAACAUUUAUGAGUGGCUGCCAUUGAUAUGUGGUAGAGCUAGCCAUGUGGUCACAUUGAAAGCAAGCGUCCUGGGACCGUUUGGAUGGAGGCAGAGGGUGUUAUUCUGGAAUAUUGUGUGUCCUGGGACGGCAACUCCCAAGAGGCAGUGUUGUGUAGUGGUUAGAGUGCUGGACUUGGACCUGGGAGACAAGGGUUCGAUUUCUGUCAUGGAGCUCACUGGGUAGUCUGGGGACAGUUGCGCUCUCUCUUGCUCGUCCUAACUUACCUCACAGGGUUGUUGUGAGGAUAAAACGGAAAGAGGGAGAAGGGUCGGCACCACUUUUGAGUUUAUAGGAGAAAAGGUGGGUUAUAAAUGUAAUAAUAAGUUAUCCCUGAUGCUGAGCUGCUGUUUUUACUGUUGUUGCUCCCCAUCAUAUUGUUGCUGCGGGGGCACAUAGUCUGGUACAGCACCUCAAGUUACAAAUACUUCAGGUUACGGACUCCGCUCACCCGGAAGUAGUACCUCGGGUUAAGAACUUUACUUCAGAAUGAGAACAGAAAUUGCGCACUGGCAGCAGCAGGAGGCCCCAUUAGCUAAAGUGGUACCUCAGCUUAAGAAUGGACUUCCGGAACGAAUUAAGUUCGUAACCAAAGGUACUACUGUAUUUUUUGUUUGUUUGCAGUAAAAUAAAACAUCAUUUAUAUCUCUCAUUUCAGGAUACAAAUUCUUCUAAUGCGCAUAAAGCUACAAUAAUAAUCAUGAUGACCAUGUUGAAAUAUUGCAAUUAAUCAGUAUCUGUCCCUGUUGGGUCGCGGGUGGCGCUGUGGGUAAAACCUCAGCGCCUAGGACUUGCUGAUCGUCAGGUCGGUGGUUCGAAUCCCCCCGGCGGGGUGCGCUCCCGUUGCUCGGUCCCAGCGCCUGCCAACCUAGCAGUUCGAAAGCACCCCCGGGUGCAAGUAGAUAAAUAGGGACCGCUUACUAGCGGGAAGGUAAACGGCGUUUCCGUGUGCUGCGCUGGCUCGCCAGAUGCAGCUUGUCACGCUGGCCACGUGACCCGGAAGUGUCUUCGGACAGUGCUGGCCCCCGGCCUCUUAAGCGAGAUGGGCGCGCAACCCCAGAGUUGGACACGACUGGCCCGUACGGGCAGGGGUACCUUUACCUUUACCUUGUCCCUGUUGGGUAGUUGGCGGUAGAUGAUCUUUGGAGGGGUAGGAACAGUCCACUUUGAACAGGAGCGCAGGUACAGCCAUGGACAGCUCUCUUUUCCCUCCCCCCAAAAUGGCCUAACCAUCCUUUGUAAAGCAACUGGGCAUUGUGGACUCUUGUAGCAAUGAGUUCCGUAGGCUAAUUGUGUGUCACGUGACGGAAUGUCGCUGAGUAAUGCCGCUCCCAGAUGUAGGGCAGAGGUCUUUCAGUAUUGGUCCCAUCACCUGGCAUUCAGAGGUAUGCUCAAUAGGAGUUGGAGAAAUUUCCCCCCUCUUGGUUGUUGCUGAACUGUAACUCCUGUCAGCGCCAGCAAGCAUGGCCAAUGGCCAGGGGUGGUGGGAGGCGUAGUUCAGCAAAAUCUGAAGGGCCACAGGUUCCCCACACCUGCUGUAUAAAUAAAUAGCCAUCCUGCUAGCUCCCAAUAGUGUUACCCUCUGUGAAUACCUUUAAUCCCCAUUUGGUGCCAUCUGAGUUGGUGCCUGCGCCUGCAUCUUGUGGGAAGAGGUUCCACAGUUUCACUGUGCUGUGAAAAAGUGCUUCCUCAUUGUCCAUCCCAAAUCUCUUACUGGGUGGCCCCUAGAGGGUUCUAGUAUUAGGAGACAGGGAGGAAUAACUUUCAGCCCUAUUAUAGGGGGCUACAUUAGUGCUGUAGCAUGCUGAGUGCUCUGGGUAAGGAAAUAUGAAUGCAUUUCGGCAGGUUUUAGGGAUUUGUCCUUUAGCAGAUUCCUAGACUGUCUUAAAAGUUGCCCAAUGCCGUCUUAAGCAUUGCAGCCUUAAAUACUGCUCAGAUACCAUUCCCUGAGGCAGUGGUGUCUUAACAGGCUGUGUUGUCUUUGGCCUGCUUUGCUGUUUAUUCAUUACCCAAAGCGACUUAUAGUGAUCCAAACAUUAAAACCGAGUAUAAAAAACCCCAGAACAAACCUAAAAACACAUCCAUACACUUAGAAAAAGGCAAGUCGUAACACAUCCCACUCCAGAGGCCACAGAUACCUAAAAAUUCUCCCAAGUUAAGGGCCAGAAACCUGGGUGAAAAGAAAUAUUUUUGCCUGGUGCCUAAACCUAAAAAAUAGGUAAUGAUGGCACCAGGGGUGCCUCACCUAAGACAGCAUCUCGUAAGUGGGGAGCCACCACUGAAAAGGCCUCGUGCUGCCCCUCAAUACUUGCUAGGAGGAAGUCAUUUUUUAAAAAUAAAGCAUUUUUUUUUGUUUUUUUUAAUCCAGCUGCUGAAAUUAGAAACCCUACCGAAAGAAAGCUAAAUAUAAAAAUACGGCACAGUUCGUAGACCAGGAGUAGGAAACCUAUACUAGACUCCAACUUCCAUCAUACCUUGCUGGCUGGGGCUGAUAGAAGCUGGAGUCCAUCAACAACUGGAGGGAAGCAGGUCCCUGGACGAUUUUGUAUUUUGGCAAGUCAGCACUGGGAAGGAGUUCCACACUUGACAGGCAAUGAUUCCAGUGUUGACUUGGUGCGUACUUAAAGAAGGUACACUUCUUCAAUGUUGUGUGACUAUAGCAACACACAGAGAAAGCAGAGGUGGCCUUUGAUUAAAGUGCGUCUCACCUGAGAGGUCAUAACUGGCACACAGGAAUUACAUUUUUAAAAAUGACUUUUGUCCUGCCCUUUCUCCUUGACACUUGAAAUGGGGCACAUGCCUCCCCCCCUCCCCAUUUGUCUUUCCAAUACACUGAGAAAGAGGCUGGGUGCGUACAUUUAAAGCCCGUGACUUACCCUCACACCAAAUGAUUCUGGGAACCGUAGUUUGUUAAGGGUGCUGGGAACUGUAGUACCACCUCUCACAAAGCUACAGUUCCCAGCACCCAGUUCUUUGAGGGGGCGAGUCAUGUGCUUUAAAUCUGUGGUGUGCAUGCAGCCGUAGGGAGUUGCCCAAAGGCCAGUUGGUGGGUAUCAUGGCUUGUUCUCCACAUUCCUGUCCUAACACUUGGACUAGUGCAGACCUCAGACACUAAAACUGAAGUUGCCUCCUGUGCUUUUAGCUCACAAGGUGUUUGGUGAUUCAAAGUGUUUGGUCAAUUCCCCACCUGGAGAGGGUUGUGUUCUGCUUCAAAGUCCAUAGGUGGGAGAGCCCUGCAAGGAUUUUUCUUCUCUUUUUUUCGUGAUGCAGACAAUAAUUGCAGCUUGCUGAACAGAAUCAUAAAAUCAGAGUUGGAAGAGACCUCCCAGGGUCAUCUAGUCCAACCUCCUGCAAUGCAGGAAUCUUUCUGCUCAACGUGGGGCUCAAACCUGCAACCUUAAGACCAAGAGUCUUUUGCUCUACUGACUGAGCUAUAUUGUUGCUUUUAAUGUCUGCAUCCCUCUCUGCCUUAAACGCUCAUUGUUCCCAUUUUAAAGAUUGUUCUUUAUUAAAUUGUUAUACCACCCUUCACCCGAAGAUUGCAACAUAAAAGUACAAAAUGAAGACAUAAAGUGCAUAAUAAAUGAAAACAAACCAAUAACCGCCUUCCCACUGUCACAUUUAAAAGACCAGAGAAUGGUAAUUAGCCAAAUAAAAGGCACUGAGGACAAAAUAUAGCCAUUUGGUUGCAGGGCAGGCAGCUUAAGUGCUCUGGGACCCAACCUGCAGUAUUCCUUUAACGCAAUAUUGGGCUGCGGCCAUGGCUUCCCUUAGUGAAUCUGGGAACUGUAGUUUGUGAAGGGUGCUGAGGGUUUCUAGGGAGAGCCCUGUUCCCUUCACAGAGCUACAAUUCCCAGAGUUCCCUGGAAGGAGGCAUUGAUUGUUAAACCAUCCUCUGAAGCCCUCAGUUGUUCCCGAGCCUCUGAAGUCAGAAUCCCUGCUGCCCCAAAGCAGUUGGCUGUGGCUCAAGUCUUGCAGCAGCCCUAUGUGAUGUCAGAGCAGCCAGACUAAUCAAAGCUGUGAAGUUUAGGCCUUCUAUUGGCUCAGAAGAACCUGUAACAGCACCUGUUGCCCAUCACACUUGAUUAGUUCGUGAUCUCUCUCUCUCUCUCUCUCUCAACACUUUGCAUUCAGUGACCUUGGUUCACCCAGAAGCCGAGACUUCUAACUGCCCCAGGGAUAGGUUCUGUGUAGCUCAGAAGCCUGUAGAGUCUUGCAUCCAAAAUAAAUUGAUCCCAUAAGAGUUCCCCUUCAGGUGAUUUUUGUUGCUUUGACUCUCUCUCCCCCCUCCCUCCUUGCAAAUCUGCAACUUGACUAGUGGUAGCAAAGGGAAAGCGUGCCCCUCCCUCCUCAUAAACAUAAAAAAACCGGAGUGAAAGAACUUCAAAGCUGAGAGGGGUGUGUCUGAUAGAGCAGCUCUGCCUGGUCUGGAAUUGCUUUAAUGAUGCGCUUGCUCUCCGUAGGAAGAGGGGAAAGUUUUUACUUUGCUAUCUGUGUUUGAACUAAGUCCUUGGCUGAGUUGUUACGUGUGUAAUGUCGCGUUUAAAUUUUUGUUUUGUUUUUGGAAGAUAAAUCCUGUACUAAGUUACCGUAUUUUUCGCUCUAUAACACGCACCCGACCAUAACACGCACGUAGUUUUUAGAGGAGGAAAAUCCGUAGGCAUGCCACCUGUAGGCAUUCCCUCCAUAACACGCACAGACAUUUCCCUUUACUUUCUAGGAGGAAAAAAGUGAGUGUUAUGGUGCAAAAAAUACGGUAAUUGAGUGAGCAGCGAAUCUGGAUUCUCUGCAGUGCAGUAAAUGGGCAGACUUCUCAUAGAUCUCUCACUUGACGCCUUCUGCUGGUUGAUAACAAGGAGCUUUUGUGGGGUGUGGAACCCCAGUCUCUGACUCAAGGGUGUGUUUGCAAUAAGUUUGAGGGUGUGACACAAAAGGCCCUGGGUGCCAUAAACAUUAUAUCUACCCUACCUGACUUGCUGGGGUCUUAUCUCUGCCACCUGAAGUUUUCCCCAGGCUUGUAAAUGGUUUUUUUAAAAAGAAAAUCAAUGAGGCCUAGAAGCUUGCUCAAAGGAAUAUUUAGUAAAAUUUACUUUUUGUGGCAUCUAUAUAUAAUUUUUCUCUUCCUUUCUCUCUGCACUCCAGUGAAAUCGUGUCAUUUUCUCACUGGCGCGUACUCUAGGUUAUCAAAAUGAAUUAUUUAUUUGGAUUGUUAUGUUUGGCAGUAUUCAGUUAAGUUUUACUUGGAGUAGAUCCAUUGAAAUUAAUAGACCUAACACGUUCAUUCUUUUCAGUGGUUCUACUCUGAGUAAAACCCGUUCUGUUUUGACAUGAAUCAGCAUUUCGGCUGCAUAUGCAAUAUAAUUUUAAAGCACAUUUGAAUCACAUUAUCUCCCACAAAGAAGCAAUCCCAUGAACUGUAAUUUCCCUCUCACAGGGCUACAAUAUCCAGCAGCCCUGAAAAAAAAUUGCAGUUCCCAGGAUGCUUUGGGAGAAAUAAUGUGCUCCAAAUGUAGUUCAAAUGUUUACUAUUGGGAAAUGCAUGUCGCUGCCCAGUAAUUUGUAGAAACAACAACAACAACAAAUAAUUAUUUUAAAAGGGAUAGUGCAGUUAGUGAAUUUGGACCUGCCAUGCCAAAAAUUAGGUGAAGUCACACCAAAGUCACAAUUGGGUUCGCCAUCUGGAUUCAAAUUGGCAGCUGGUAUCCAAACAUUGACAGCGACUGCUGCCCCUGGUUCAGGAACCCCUGUGCCAGGUUUGGUGAAGACAUCUUGAGAGGCGGCCUAUAGAAAACAGAAAGACAAACCAGUUUCCAAAAUGAGCCACAUUGGAAGCACUGAUGUGGGGGGAAGUGACAUACAAAACGAAAUCAUAAAUUAAAAUUUCUAUUUAUCACCCCACUUCCCCCGGCUGCAAAAAUUGUAUUAUUCUAGUAGGGGCCUAGGAAGCUGGACAAUUUGGUUUUGUAGACUAGGGUUGCCCAUUCUGAUUGUCUGCCACUCUUGACUGAAGGUCUUAGGCAGCUGAUCUUUUUAAUUGGAGAGCGAAGGGGGUUGAACCCGGGAUCUUGUGCAUGCAGCCAGGUGCUAUUCCAGUGUGUUCGGUCGUCCCAGUUUAUUUUCCUUUCUUGUUUCCAAAAAAGUUGGUUUUCCCCUCCCAAUUUUCCUAUUCCCUUCCCCACCAAGCCUUCACAUCUUUAGAACCACCCACCCUUGGAGAAUAUAUGGGGUAUGAAGUGAUACUGAUGUUGGCAGGAGGGGAAUUAAACACAUUUCAACACUUUUCAGCCUGAUUGGUGUAUGCCUUUCCUGCAUUUGAAUUUCUAAACAGGUUGAUCAAAGGGUUAUCUACCUGGAACUACUGAAGAAAUAGUUAUUUAUUAACCUUGCGUUAGUGAAGAAAGUGCCGGUCAGUCAGUCCGUUGUCUUGGCAGGUGUUCUGUGCUGCUCACAAGCUUGCAUACUUAUCAGCACAAACAAACAGAGAGUGGUGGUAGAGGUGAUCUUUUGUUGGCUGCCUUAAAGCUAAACAGGAGUCCUUGGGUACGAGACAGUCUGUGAUGUGUGGUGGAACACGUUUUCUAAACAAAUGAUCCAGAUUCGUUUCCCCUGUUGCAAUACUUCUGAUUCUCUCUUUUAUUCUCUAAUUUUAGAAAUGCAGGCUUUUAGAAAAUUUGUGGCGAAAUAAAACAAGUGCAAUACUAAUCAAACUAGGCAACUAGAAUGGAAAAUAGCCAUAGCCAAAUUUGACAGGAAAGUGUUUUUACCAUUUUUUUCCCCUCUAGGAAGAACCCGCUUCUCCUGUGCCUCAAGCUUGCUAAAAUUAGGCCUGCCAAAAUGGUCUACGUUACUUUCAAUUUUUCCCCCUUAAGCUCUAUAUUAAGACAAGUGGGUAGCAUUGAGUUGCCAUGUCUUAAAAUAUUUACAAGUCCUCCAAUAAAAGGAACUUGAAUCGGAAUAUAACAUUUAGACCUCACUGACAGCGCAAUCCUGUGGCUGUUUAUUUUGAAGACACUGCGGCUUAUUUAUGUGCCAAUUAUUCCCAGAUAAGCGUGUGUAGGACUGAGGUUUAAGUGCACUCUGCAUGGAAGGCUUCCUAAUGGAAUCUGUUGAUUUAUCUACCUCUGGCUAAUUGGCAAAACAUUUUGAGAUUCAGAUAGCACCAAGUGUGAAAAGUCUGCUGUUAGUUUUGCUUACGAAAUAUAAGUUGGAUCUCGGUUCAUUCUUAAGAGUCGGCAAAAAAACUUCCCAGUUCUAAAUUUCCCGGGAAGUCCACAUCCUUGGGGGUAGUCCGUUCCUCAAAUGCAGCAAACGCCUUAUGCAGCGUCUGUUUUAUGCCAACUCUGUGUGAGUGCUAACUUACGUGGGGUUUGUGGGUCCCAGCACAGGGGCGUUCCUGUUUUCCAUGAUGGUCUGAAUCCUAGGAUGUAAAAGGGAAGGUGGCAUGACCUCUGUGAAGAACUCUGCCACAAAGUAUGUCCCACCUAUUGGGAGAUACAGGACAGGUAAAGGGAAGUACUGCUUAGCACCGUGUGUGGUUGGCGCAUUUUGCACUUGGCUCUUGGCCAUUUGCAGGUGAAGAUGCCUGGGUCACAGGAUGGCGCCUGACACCUCCACCUCUGGAGGUGCGUGCCUGGGAAUCAUUGGAUCGCGACUGUUUUCCACACACUAAUACCCUCUCCUGUAGAAUUCUAUGUGUCCCAUUUUAUCUGCAUAAUCAGAAUGAAUUUCAGGAACCAAAACGCUUUUUUUGUGCAGCUUGCGCAGGAGCAGCGAACAACAUUAUAUAGUUCACUGUUGUCACUUGUCUUCACUUGCCCCCACCUCACAGUUGUGAAGAAUAUUCUUACAUUAUGAAUGGUCCGUGUCACUAUUAAGCAAAAUAGUAUAAGGAAAAAAAAUACAUUAAGACUGUCCCUGGAUAAAGUGACUUUUAAGUUCUAAACAUUCUUAACACAGCUCAAGGUUGUCAUCUUGAACUAGCCAGAUGUUUAGCUGAAAAUCUAUCACAGUCAGUCCAUCAUUUGAAUAAUAAGACUUUAGAGCCGUCUUGCCCCCAAAUGGUGUUCCUUUUUGGGCGACUGCAACCUUGGUUUAAGGAGCCAUUUGGCCCCCAGCUUGUAUAUCUGAGUUUCUAAUACUGGAAGUUUCAGAAUUUGCUCCCAUGGGGUGUAGUAAUGGAGACCAAUUUGGAUGGCUUCAAAGGGGGUUAGGCAAAUGUGAGGAGGAUUGUUCUGAUGCACUCGCUGUGUGCUACUCCGCUGUUGGAGGCAGAACAGUCCUGGGUACCAGUUGCUCACAGUCACAAGUGGGGGGGUGUGCUGUUGCACUCGGAUCCUGGUUGUGGGCUUCUCUUUGGGGCAUAUGGUUGGGCCACUUUGAGAAGAGUGGAUUAAAUGGAUCUCUGGAUCCAUCAGGACUCUUGAUAUGUUUUUAUUGAAAUGGGGGACCUGUUGCAGGACUCCCAUCUCGCACCAACCUCGACUGUUGGCCAUGUUGACAGGGGCCGAUGGGAGUUCAGCAACAUUUCGAAGGCCACAAGGUUCCCCCCACUCCUUGUUGCAACGCUUUGCCCAAAAAGAGACCGAACAAGGCUGAUACCCACCUGGAAUCUUAUUAUCCCAUUUCCCGUAGGGAGACUUCCUUCUGCACAAGUGAGAACACGAUCCUCUGCUUGGCUCCUCUCCCCCCAAUGCACGGGAAGGGCAUGUAAAUCAUUGACUGUGCCUAGACUCGCAAAUAUUUCUAGAAUUUCUGCAAAUUGCCAUUUUUGUCUUGUUGGGUGCCACAUGGCCUGCUUGAAUUUGCCCUUGCUCCAUUUGUGCAAGGACAGAGAACUGUCUGCUGUCCGGAGUGCCUCUCCCCACUUGCCCCCCCCCUCCCCGGCAAGAAUGUGAUUUUUUUUUUACGUGCUUAUAAAAAGCAAUGGGUAUGUUGGGCUUGGUGAGCAGGGUUGGUGGGGUAGCUACAGGAAGUGAGCGGUCUCAGGAACCAACUGGACAGAUAAGUGAUGGGAACACAGGAAGCUGCCUUCUACUGAGUCCUUGGUCCAUCUGUUGUUGACAUUGCCUGGUAGCAGCUUUCCAGGAUUUCAGGCAAGGGGCUGUUCCCAGCCCUACCUGAAGAUGCCUGUGAUUGAACCUAAGACCUUUUGCAUGCAAAGCAGAGGCUCUUCCACUGAGCCAGAUCCCUUGCCACACAUUGCCCAAGGCUUUUGAUGUGCUCAUGCUCUUAUGUUUUUACUAGUCUUCUGGUAGUGAUUGUGUUUGGCUUUUUGUAGCGCUCUUAUAUUUUCAGUAAGUUUCUUUUUUUAAUAUAUUAUUUGUUUCCAUGUUUGUCUCGCUGUAAGGUUUGUUGAGGCGCAGUUUCAUGGAAAAGCAGUAUUAAGAGUCUAUUCCUUCUGUCUUUAGACAGCUUUGCUGGGUUGCCUGGUGCAGUUUUCUUACUCAGCUUUGGCGACUGCGUGCUCACAGUCUUCCUAUGAAACCCUUGGCAUUGUGGGAAGGAUGCUUCUAAGUCAUGGCAAGGGCUUAGCUUGGUUGCUGUAGCCUUGCCUAUUUCUGGUGUAGUGUGGGAUGUAUUUUGAGACAAAUCUGGCAGUGUGUAUCAAAAACAACUGAGACCAUGAGGAUGGUGACUUCCUAAGCAGGGCUGCAGGGGAAAGGUCAAUCAGACAUCUACGCUUAUUUUAUGCCCUAGCUGGAGAAGCUUGAGGUGGAGGUGUGGUAGACUGUUGCUGGGUUCUGAAGCUCCAUCUCCCUUUGAUACAGCUUAUUCAACUUUGCAGCUCAUGGUUGAAGUUGUUAGCCCAGCAGCAUCUGAACACAGCCACAAGUUCUCCAUUAUCAGAUGGAACUUUGGUCUGAGCCAGCUGGGUCCUUAUUAUGUACGUCUCCUAAUUUUUCCACCCAUCCCCUAGCUCUAGUUUCUUUCGAAUACAUGAAUGAAGUCAAUUGUGAGCAUUGGGAUUUCAUGGUUCAUUUAGCUGCUCGAGAUGCAUUAAGGACUUAAAUCAGUUGUCUUGAGCUUGUCCUUCUGGGUUGGUGAAGAAAGCUGCUUUAAAAAAAAUAAAAUGCUCUGACUCACUUCAACUUCAUCAAAGCUGUCGACAGCUCAGGGAACCCUGCAUUGUGUUCUGUGUUCAGAUGGCUGGUCCCAGAUCAACAGAGGCUUAUGCCUUGCCAGAAACACUUUUGGGCUUCAUCUCUAGUGAAAAUAAAAGUGUUAAAUUGUCAUCAUCAUCCUUUUUUUUUAUUGCCUUCUCAAGGCGAUUUACACCUAAGAUUAUUGAAAUAGUUAAAAUUACAAAACCAGAUAUAUUUAAAGCAAGACUAAAACCCUAACAAGUAGAUGCUCGUGGCAAAGCCCCCUUUAUCCACCUGAGAAAGCUUGUCAGAACAGAAAUGCCUUCCGUUGUUUCCGGAAUAAACUUGGCACUUGAUUUGUUUGCUUUGUGUGUGCCUCCUCUCACAGUCUUGUGAGUGCAGAUAGGAUCACCGAAAAAUCUAAACUUCCUCAUUCUGGUUGCCUCCACUAAUCACCGCAAGUCUUCCACUGAUAUAACAAUCUUUCCCAAACUCUGGUUUCUUGAGAUAUUUGAAGAUGGAGAUAUGGUAGCCAUCUUCAAAUAUCUCAAGGGCUGUCACAUGGAAGAGGGAACAAGCUUGUUUUCUCCUGCUCUGGAGGGUAGGACUCGAACCAGUGGCUUCAGAUUAUAAGGAGAUUCAGACUAAUCAUCAGGAAGAGCUUUCUAACAGUAAGGGCUGUUCGGCAGUGGAAUGGUCUCCCUCUGGAGGUUGUGAACUCUCCUUCCUUGGAGGUUUUUAAGCAGAGCUUGGAUGACCAUAUGUCAUGGAUGCUUUAGUUGAGAUUCCUGCAUUGCAGAGGGUUGGAGUUGAAGACCUUCGGGGUCCCUUCCAACUUGACAAAUCUAUGAUUCUAGGGUGUGAACAACAUAUGAGCCCUGCUGGAUCAGGUCCACCUAGUCCAGCAGUUGACUUGCCACAGUGACCAGCCAAUUGUCUCUAGACAGCCUGCAGGCAAGGCUUGAAAAUGGCAGCCCUCUCCUGAACACGGCUUUCCAGCAGGUGACCAUCAGAAAUGUCCUUGAUGUGAAUAUGGAAGUUCUAUCUCACCACUGUAGCUGAUAAAUCCAUCGGUGGCUCUCCCCCUCCCUCUACCGAGUCAUACCAUUGGUGCAUCAAGCCCAGUAUUGUCUACACACUGAGAUCUUCUGCUGACUGAUUAAGUGAUUUGCGCUUGUCCCUCCUAGCUAUGUUUGGGCAUCUAAUGGUGGUUUUCUGACUGAAGUAGGUGGUCAGCCUUGAGGUAAUGGAGCCCUACCCUUGUUUCAAUAGAGAUACCCUUCCCUUUACUUUCCAAGGUGUAGAAGGAUGAGCAUGUUGAACUUUUUUUUCCUACCAGCCCAAUUUCUGUGGAGGUUUCUGUUUAAAUUGCAGUAAAUGCAACAGUCUCGUGGUAUCCUUUUAAAGGCAAACGGGUUUGCUGCAGCCUCGGCUGCCGUGUUUGCUGUCCUCCAUUGCUGUCUUGGGUGCUUCUCCUUGUUUGCUUUAAUGCCAGAGUGCUUUUAUUUGUAUAAUUCGGGGCAAAGUACACCUGACUCUCGGUUUAGUCCCCAAAUAAUGCUGUUGUUGGGCACGGCCUGAGGCUCACACAGUCGGUAGCAGGGUACAAGUUCAGUGGCAAGAGUCUGGCUUUUUUUAAUUUAAAAAACCCAAAUAAUUCUUCCGCUGUCCUCCAUUUUACAACCCCGUGGCAUGGGCGCAGUGGCAGCAUCCUACUGUCCUGGGCAGCAGCUGAGCCUUUCUCUCACCUGCUUCACCCCUAAUAGUGUCUCUCCCACCAUGUUUUUGUGCCACAAUUUGUCUCUUCCUCCCCCUCAACCCAUCUACUAAUAUGUGCUAAGACCUAUUUUAUGUGAGAGGAGCUCAAAAGGUGUUAUUUUGUUUUAGUUGCCAUUUUGCUGAGCUGAGCUGUUGUAAUUCUGGGUUUGAGUUCCUGUUUUGCGUGCCUCCUUGUGAUAAUUUUUAAAUGAAAAUACGGGGUUCAUAAACAUUUAAAUAGAAGUAAAAUCCGUGCCUCUGAACUUUUGAGGGCAAGGGCUCCAUUUGUAACACAAUCCCCACUUCAGAAGCGGAGCCCAACUAAUUUCUCCCUGCCUCCCUUUUGCUUCUCCCCUUAAUGUUGUCAAAGCGGCUGAAGUUAGCUGUGCUUCGUGCUGGUUCGACUGCAUGCAGAUGAUUCUCCAGCUGCCCAAGUAGAAACCCUAGAGAGAGACCGGACUCUGUUCUCUGACCUUGCAAGUUAUUUGUAGCUGCCUUGUUCCAAAAUAUUGAUUCACCUGAGAAAUGGGAAGUCCGCUUCCCCCCAAAAACAUAACAAAAGCUAGCGUACCAAGUUAGCUUUAUCUCUUCUGGAAUCUCCAGCUUCUGUGUGGGCUUAUAAGGCAGCUCAUAUGCCCUUUGGCUAUUUUUAGCGUGGAAAAAAUUUCCCGGCCCCUGUGACUUCAGUUUUUAAUGCAACCGAGUCCUAUCCGGCAUGCCUCUUCACCCUGGUGGCUGCAUUCCCUGACACUGUGUCGCACAUCCUUCUAAUUCCACUGCAUUACACAAUUAUAUCGUUAUGUGAUUAGGGGGAGAAGGCUGUGAAAUUUUAAAGGUGCUUCCUAUUGAGAAUCUUCUCUACGCCCACUAUGUUGACCUCUUGCUUCCUUCCGGGCUUUUUCUUUUUUGCUCCUCUGGCUAUCUCGGUUCGAUCUACCAUCUCACCACUGAGGACUAGAAACUUGGUGUUUUAUGCAAUUAAAUGCAGAGUGCAAAUAGCCUUAAUCCAGGGAGGGGAAAGAAUACGAGCUUGUUAAUAUUGCACUGUUGUCUUGGCACUUUGUGGUACAAAUGCAGUCUUCUGGCAUCCUUCUCUCAUCUCCCAUUCCAAAGCCCAUGAGCUGUCACGGCUCAGCAAGGACUGGUUUCUUGGAUAUUUUCACCUCCCAGUUCCAGAAAAUACGUAAGUCCCUUUCUCUCAAACUCCUGCCAAAGUUUCUUGGAAACUUAACGGUGGUGUGGAUAAUCAUUUUUGUCUGCGGACUGUGUGAAUGAGAGCCAGACAGUGUAUGCAAAAUUCAUGAUACUGAUCUCCUUAGUUCAGGGGUUGCCAAAGGCUCAUGGACAAAUUUGGGUUUUGAAGCAAGUGUUGUGGGUACUUGCUCCCUCUGGUCACAUCUUUCACCUUUUCCCCAGAUCAGUCCUCCCCACUGACAGAGGGAAGGAUUGCACACAAACAUACAAAUUUUGCAUUUCUGCAUGUUCUGUGUGACAGUCAGAAUGAAUAGAAUUUCUGAGCCCUGAUAAGCCUGUAGAGCUGAAAGAGGAGGAGGAAAGAGCCUUGCUCUCCCAGCUUCCUCCCUUUUUGUGUAAUUUUUAUGGGAGAAAAAAGUAACCACCAAAGGAGCAGCGAGUUUUGAGGGGAGGCAGAGCUUAGAAGCUUUUGGAGCCCUCAAGGACACUGUUGUGGCUGCAGAACGCGACGCUGGUGCCUCCUGUCUCCUAGUGUUUGGGUUUUAAUUUAAAAGCACUUUGAUGGGUCUGACCUGAAUCUGGGGAAGGUUUCAACCCUUUCACCCCAGGAGAUAAUGCACCAGCAAAUGGGUGUUCCAUGCAUUUGUGGACUUGCCAAGUGCAGAAUCCUUGAGUCUACUGACGAAACUGGAAUCCCAUCCCAGGCUUGGGAACGAUGCCAGCAUGUGCAACACAGCAGCUUGCCAUGUAUGUGUGUGCUGAAGUGAACACCAGCCAACUUCUUCCCUUCUCAGAUCUUAGGCAGAGCUGCUCUGUCCGCCCCUUAAAAACCCUGCGCCACUAGUUCGCUUCGGCCCUUAUAUGGAUCCGCUUACUGCAGGGUUUCUCCGUUCUGGAGGGGAGCUGUGCUUAUUGAUUCUGCAGCACGUAAAGGAGGAAUUUGGGGGAGGAAAAAAACCAACUUCCAAAGAGAGCUGGUGCUAUUGUGCCCACCAAACCCCAUUUAGUAGAUGUGAGCCAGGUGUUCAAUGUUUAGCGGACACAUUUUUUUUCCCAGGCAGAAGCUGCAAGCAUCACAGGAAGAGUGUAUUUCUAGAAGGGUGUGUCUGAAUCUGACCCAGUGUGCAAUUUCAGCUCAUUGCCUCAGGUGGGCAUAGGGAACAAGUGGCUUCCAGAUGUUUCUGAACUACAACUCCCAUCAUACUCGCUGGCACUGAUGGUUCAGCAACAUCUGGAGAGCCACGAGUUCCCAACACCAGACCUAAGGGAAUUUCCUACUGGAGGAGGGAGCAGGGGAAUGUUCAAGUUCUCAUUGAGGUGGUAAAUCUGUAUCUCAUAGAAUCAUAGAGUUGGAAGAGACCACAAGGGCCAUCGAGUCCAACCCCCUGCCAAGCAAGAAACACCAUCAGAGCACUCCUGACAUAUGGUUGUCAAGCCUCUGCUUAAAGACCUCCAAAGAAGGAGACUCCACCACACUUCUUGGCAGCAAAUUCCACUGUCGAACAGCUCUUACUGUCAGGAAGUUCUUCCUAAUGUUUAGGUGGAAUCUUCUUUCUUGUAGUUUGGAUCCAUUGCUCCGUGUCCGCUUCUCUGGAGCAGCAGAAAACAACCUUUCUCCCUCCUCUAUGUGACAUCCUUUUAUAUAUUUGAACAUGGCUAUCAUCUCACCCCUUAACCUCCUCUUCUCCAAGCUAAACAUGCCCAGCUCCCUUAGCCGUUCCUCAUAAGGCAUCGUUUCCAGGCCUUUGACCAUUUUGGUUGCCCUCCUCUGGACACGUUCCAGUUUGUCAGUGUCCUUCUUGAACUGUGGUGCCCAGAACUGGACACAGUACUCCAGGUGAGGUCUGACCAGAGCAGAAUACAGUGGCACUAUUACUUCCCUUGAUCUAGAAUGCUAUACUCCUAUUGAUGAGGCCCAGAAUUGCAUUGGCUUUUUUAGCUGCUGCUAGAAGAAGCAUUUCCACCCUUGCUUUCUACAUGCAGGGAUAUAUAUAUUUGCUGCCUUAGAGAGGAGUAUUUCUACACACUCCCUUGACCACUGUGAUUUAAACUUGGACACAGGUUUUCCUUCUCCCGGUGCUAUAUUUAGUUCAUUCGCCUGGGUAGGUGGGAACCUGUUGUUGUACUUCAGCUCCCAUCAGCCCCAGCCACUAAGAUCUGUGAUCAGGGAUGAUGGGAACUGUGGUCCAACCACAUCAAAGGCCCACAGGUAGAAUCCUAAAUUGUAGAGUUGGAAGGGAUCCCGAGGGUCAACUAUUCCAACCCUGCAAUGCAGGAUGCUGUUAAUGCACUCUUGAGUAUCAUUGCAUGCCAAUUAUACCUGACACUUGGAAUUUUAAAUUCCCUUGUAAGCAAGGGUGUUUGGAAGGUAGGGAGAGAAGCAGCACAAGAGGGGAAGAGCAGAGGCUGGUGCAGGGCAACAUAGCUAUUUCUUGGGGAAUCGCAGCACCUUUUGCAUGCAUAUAGAAUCCCACCCCACUGCCCCAUGCCGAGUUUCUAGUUCUGUUGUGGGUGAUUUCUAGUGAAGUUUCCAGAAAGUUGGCUGAAUAGUGAACUGGGGAGGUGUCAUGAGUGUCUCCGUUCCUUGCUCACCUCCCUUAAUUACAAACAGAGCAUAUGCAGUGUAAGUUUUCGUAAGAGCAGGGUUGAUGAAUCUGUGGCCCUCCAGAGUUUGUUGGACUCCGUCAGCCCCGGCCAGCAUGGGAGUUGUCGUUCUAGCAGCAUCUGGAGAGCAAGUGGUUCCCUACCCCUGUCCUAAAUGCCUUGGCACUCUUUUAUUUUUGAAUAGCUGCUGCCUUUUCUGUCCUCUUGCAGUCCUGAAUGCAAAUCUAUGCUGUGCAGAAUCGAAUGUUAUUAGUGCCCAAUCUUUUAUUAUUAGAGAUUUGUUUCAUGCUGCUGGCCAUCGUGAUUAAUGGAACCUACAUGUUCAGUGGCAGAAUAUCUCCGAAACUCAGAAGAUGGGGGGGGGACAGCAAUGGGAGAGGGCUGUCAUCUAUCUUCUUCUCUUGUUGUGUGCUUCCUGGAGGCAUGAGAUAGCUCAGUUGGCAGAGCAUGAGGCUCUUUUAAUCUCAGGACCGUGGGUUCAAGCCCCACUUAGGGCAAAACAUUCCUGCAUUGCAGGGGGUUGGACUAGAUGACCCUUGUGGUCCCUUCCAGCUCUACAAUGCUAUGAUUCUGUUAUAUCUGGCUGACCUAUGGGAGAGAACUGAUGAUGAACUAGAAGGACGUCUGUCUGAUCCUGCUGGGCUCCUUUCAUGUUCAUGCGCUGUGAUGCACUCUCAAGCCUUCAGCUGCAGAUGGUUUAUAAACUUAAAGCUGCUUUAGCUCUUCUUCUUUUGGUUGCUCAGUUUUAUUCCCAGCAUCUCCAAAGGGGGAUGGGUAAGUGGGUUGCUUUGCUCUUGAAUGCUUCAUCACACAUAAGGGGAGAGCCUGCCUUUUUCUGAGAACCUGAGUCCUGACAAAAUUGCUGGAAAAAGCCCAACUUUGGUGGAUGAUUCAUAAAUGAGAGGCUCUUGUGUCUUGGGAAUCACCAGUCCUCAUGGCUCAAUAAUAAUAAUAAAAAUAAAAAUAAUAAACUGGAAUGUUACAAGCAAUUUUUAAUUUAUUUUUUAAAGCCCAGAUUGUUCCUCCAGCAGCUCAGAUCAGGGCUUCGCACCUGCUUUGUCUCAAUGCAGCCUUCUUCCCUUGCCCUCCUCGCAUGCUUCGAAUGUCUCUCACUCAGCUUACCUUCUGCUUUCUUACUUCUGGAAAGUGUCCUGGGUUCCCCUUGGAGAGCCCUCAAGAUGCCAUCAUCAUUAAAUGGCGGUAGAAGAAAUCCCUGCAGAUUUUCCUCUGCAUGAGAGAGAGAGAGAAUCUUUUUAGAAAACUCCAUAAGCACAUUGUCAUCAUAGCCUAGUUCCCAGUGAAGUGGGGCAAGCCUGUGUCUGUGCUGUACCCCUCCAGACUUUUGGGUUGGGGAGGGCUCUUCCAUAGAGCAACAAAGACCUCGCCCUCUGCAUGCAGAAAAAGAGCGGGUCAGGCUCUUUCCCCACAUGCAGGCUUUUUGCAUGCAGGGAGUGUAUUUAGUUUGUAUGGAAGAUCGUUCUGACACGUAAGCCUCCCCGCUCCAAGUCUGAGGGGUACAGCCAGGACAGAGGCUUGCCCCACUUCUCUGAGAACUAGACCUUGGAGCUGAUAUUCCUGGUUCUACACUUCCAACCUUGGGAGGACGAGUCCGUGCCCUUGGAGACACCCAAACUCUGCUGGCUGCCAAUGUAAACUGUGAGAGUGUUCUGCAGCAAGCAGCUCUCUGAAUGGGCAGCUGUUUACCCCUGACAUUCCAGCCACAAGGCCCGCAGAUUCUCCUCUGUUAAGGAAAGGAAUGCCAGCCUUGUCUUUUUAUAACUUGAGGGGAGCUCUUGCUCAAGUAACAGGUUGGGCAGAAUACAAUGUGAACCUCAAUUUUUGUCACUUAUCUUGACUGUGGAAUAUUCCUGUUAGGGGUAGAUCCACUGAAAUUAAUGGGCAUGAGUAAAUUGGGUCCAUUAAUUCCAUUGAGUCUCCUCUGAGUAGGAUUUAGCCCUGAUUCUCAUGAAGGCAGGGAUUGCCAAAUUUAUUUUAGAUGGCAACUGAUGCACAACAGAUAGACCACGUCCCCCGUUGUUCAGCCUUUCUUGUGCCGUACAGUUUGUUGUACAACAUUCAGUGCAACAAAAAGCACUGUGUGUGUGUGUGUGUGUGUGUGUGUGUUGUUCUGUUCUGUUGUGGAUCUAUGACGAACAUCUCUGAUGCAUGUUGCUGUAUUUGAGAUCCUUAUCUGCAACUAUAAACAUUUUUGCUCCUGUAAACCAAAAGCGAAUAAUCAUCAUGUGAUCUUUAUGGUCUUGAGGUCAAAAUGAAGAUCAGGGGCUACUGGGCAGAACAUUGGGGGGGGGCACUUGAGAAGGAAGAUUAUGGAAAAGUGACCAGCACAGUAUAUCGAACCAGGUGUUUGCAGCACAGAUUUUCUUCUGGUGGGUGAUUUCCUCUGCUUGCAUAUGUUGAUGGUGCAUAUUUCAUGGUGAAAGGUGGGGAUGCAUGUUGUCUUUGAUUUGAAAGUAGUAGUCCAAGCAUUCAGCAGGGCUCAGUUAUGCGGGGAGGCAGAGGGUUCCUUAAUACAGCGGUGCCCUCCAGAAGCCGUUGGACUACAAUUCCCAACAUCUCUGGCCUUUGGCCACGCUAGCUGGGGCUGAUGGGAGUUGUAGUCCAUUCACCUCCAUGGUUGGAGGCAGUAUUCUUCUGGAUAAUACUGGUUGCUGGGAAUCGCAGGUGGGGAGAGGGCUCUUGCACUUGGGUUUGUGCUUGUGGGCUCCCCCUUGGGGCAUCUGGUUGGCCACUGUGACAAUAGGAUGCUGGACCAUUGGCCUAACCCAGCAGACUCUUCCUAUAUUACGUAGGCCAGUAUGUUGGCUGUUUCUGCUUUAAUACCCAACAUUCCCCACUUUUAGGCAAAAUAUGCCUCCUAGAUCCUUCAAAGCCUAGCAGCUAAACCGACUGGGCCACUCUGACCCACUGCAACCCAUUUUUAUUUCCAUUGUUAUUUUGUAGGCCUCUAUCAUGGUGCUUACUACUUGUUAGGAUUUUUUUUUUUAAAGUAUUGAUCAUGUGGCUUAUUUUGUAUGCGAGGAGCUGCCUUUGAACUCUUUCUAGGGAAGAAUCUUAAAUGCUUAGAAUAUUCACAGCCAAGUCUUCAUAGAAGGUUCUGCAUAGUUGUAAAUCAAAACACGCUCCCUUCCCAAUUCCUAAAAAACCUGCUUUGCGCCCCCAGAGGUACCUCUGAAAUGUUAGCAGGCAUCGCCCCCCCCCCUUCCAAGGGUGUUUUCGUAGCCCUUGAGGACUAGAAACUUUAUUUUUUUAAAAAAUCUUGAGCUAUUCAAGAUGGAGAAACUAGACUUCUGAGCUUCUGCGGCUUGGAUGCCUGAUUGCAGGCUAGUCUUGAGUGUUUCUGAGCACUGUUGGUGUGAUUCUGGCUACACAGCCUCUCAUAAUGGCAAGGCCACAAGGUUUUGGUGGCGUUUUGGUGAAUGCUGGGCAAGCUCAGCCGCUCAGUUGUUAAUGUUGCCAAAGCUAAUCCUUUGCCAACUUGGCACUUCCUGGAUGUUGUCCUUCCCAUCAUCUCCAGCCAGAGUGGCCAAUAGUCAGCGAUGGCGGUCAAGGAAUGCUGGAGCAUGCCAGCUGGCUUAGAUGUUCUCAAAACAGUGCGAGGAAAACUGAAGCCUUUAACGUGACGCUCUGUGUUUUUGUUUCUUUUUGUCUCUAGGUGUAAUCGCUGAGGAUCUGCAAAAUGGCGCUCCGCUUCCGCACCUUGCUGCCCUUUGCCAUCCCUGGAGUGCUGGCGCUCAUCGGGUGGUGGUGGUUUUCUUCACGCAAAAAGGAGCGUGCGAGCAAUCACGACAGGCGAGACUUGGCCAACAUAGAAGAACACAGGAUAGGCUCCCCCAAGAAAGAGCCUUCCGCUAGAGAAGGGGUGCCAUUGAACAGCCAGCCGCCCCUGCCCCCAGAAGCCAAGCAGCCUGCUGAACCAGCCUUUACCGUCGAGUCUUCAGCAAGCCUGCAGGCCCCUUUGGAAAGUGGCGCUCGGCGCUGGGACCCCCCAAGAGACCGGCCUGUCACGGCAAAAACAACCAUUGAAUCCAACAGGGUUCAGGACGACAGUGAAAAACUGGAAGUGACGGGGUGCCGAGAUGUACCUAGAUCCCCCGCACAGGAGCCUUCCCUUCCGGGCGCUCAGAUAGCUGACGGUACCUGUGCUGGUGAAGCUUCUAUCGAGAGGCCACUGGCAGCCACUCGAGUGGCAAACCGGGUGCCAUCACCAGUCUCGACGGCAGCAGCUCUGCUAGAGAAGUCUUCUAGUUUAGAGAAGUCUGGGGAUAGCGGUUUGGAGGUGGUCCAGGAUGAUGCACCAGAGAAGCCUUUGAAAGAAGGCCUCUGUUCUGUAGCAGCCACCUCCUCAGAUGCGGGUUCUUUGGCCGCCCCAUGCUCCCAAGUGGCAGAUGAUGCGGUUUCUCAACCCUCUGUGGAUGCCGCUGGAAAGGAAGAGAUUGGUGGUGGCUGUGCCGGUGCAGCGGCCACAGAGAUGGAAGCGGAGGCUAAAUGUGUCAAACCUGAUAGCGCAGAAUUGGCCCAGAAAGAAGAGACGUCCAGUUCGAACGCUGGUAGUACGUUGAAGCGCCAUGGAUUUGGAGAUGUUGGCUGUAAGGGGAGUUUGGAGAAAGCGAGGGUGGGAGGCAUCAGCUUAGACAAAGAAGAAGUCGAGAAGAUUGAGCAGGUUGCCAUACAUAUAAUUUCCAACGUCAUCCAGGCAGCCACCGAGGAAGUGCUUUCUGGGUCGGUCAGCGACAUGUCGGAUAGGAUCUCUCAGAUGGCCAGCCGGGUUGAGAAGAUCUCCGUGGCAGCUGCCGGCCAAGCAGAGUGCAGCAAGGGCCACGGCUGUGUCGCUGAGAAGGCGGCGGCCGUAGAGGUGACUCCCCUGCUGGAAGAGAACGUCAACCGCCACGCCAUGUACUCAAGCCACUUGACGCACGGCCUCUUGGGAAACCCAAGCCACGGCCUCUCCAGGGACUCCAGAAGCGCUGAGCAGCCUGCCGGCGACCCAGCCGCAAACCACGAGGAUGAGUUGGAAGAUGCUCAGACGAUGACAGAAGAUUCCGGCUGCAGUGCCUGCACCUCGGAAGACGGGGCGAGUGCGGAGGACCUCUUGAAAAGCACCUCCUCUCCCGCUUUGGGGCAGCGCCUGGAUUUGCUGAACAUGCCCGCGCUCAAAGACUCGGAACACAAGCUGGCGUCCAGCAAAAAGCCUCCCUCCUCCCCUACGCUAGCGGAGAACAAAGUGCCGUACAGCAACGGAGUGCUGAAGGAAGACUGCCCCCAUCGGAGGCACGACCAGCCGUGGUCGGCAGAAGCGGACGCAGACAACUCAGGGGGUAAGGAUUCCUGUGUCCCGGUUUUCUUGCAUGUGUCCUGUUUCUUGUUUUUUCACCAAAUUUAUUUGCAGCAUUAACUGCCCAUCAUCAAAAGAUUCCAGGGUUGUGUAAAUAAAAUGGAGUCCUGCUUCCUUGGAGAGCUAUGAGCAUCUUACACUGGGCUGCUCUGGGUGUAAAAGUAAGGGUUUGCUUUCUCUCCUUCAAAAUACAUAAACGCUAGAAUUUUGGGGUCACUCUAGAAAUGUAUUGGCAGCAGAUUCGGGGCACACCCAAAAGUCCUGCUUUUCUCAGCUUGUCAUGAAUGUGUCAGGUUUGCUAUUGUGAGAUGUAGAGGCAGCUUAAAUGGCUUUAAAAUGGAGUUUGGCUCUUUCAGUUGUUAUUCUUAGGCCCGAUAAGUGGAACCAGUGUUGUCGGAGGAGCUGUCAUGGCUUUCCUGAUGUAUGUAUGCAUGUUGACUCUAUAUCCCUUCCGAAGGAGCCCAGGACGGCAGACAUGUCCACAAUUUAAAAACAGAAUGAAAGCAUUCUAAAACUGUUAAAACACUCUUAAGCUUCUCUGGGGAGGGCACUUCACAACCAGGAUGCUACCACCAAAAAGGCCCACCCCUCAUUAGUCGCCUACAUGCCUCAGGUUGGUAUGGGCAUCUGGAGAAAGGCUUUUGAAGAUGAUAUUGAAGUCUGGGCAGGUAUAUCUGGAGGGAUAUGAUCCUUCAAGUAACCUGGCCCUGAGCUGUUCAGGGCUUUGAAACGUUAAUACAAGCACUUUGAAUUGGACCUGGAAAUGGGCAGAAAGCCAGCACGGAUGGUGUAGCCGUGCAUGUUUUGAUGAUUUUUUUUUCAGUAGCAUAUUUUAAUGACAUGGGUUUAUUUUUUAAUUUUCUGUGUGAUUUGUUUUGUACUUGUAAACUGCAUAGAAGCUCCAUUUGGCUUUUAAGCGGUAUGUAAAUUAAUUGUUUUUAUUAUUGUUGUUGAUGAUGAGGAUGAUAACGUAUUGUUAGGUGUUCCAUCUCCCCUCACCUGCAAGAUCUUUUGUAGAGGUCUGGACCCAGAUAUAUUCUUAAAAGGUCCCCUUUUGCUGAAUGGUGUUUAUUUAUAUUUAUAGACAGAACUGGCAGCUCAGGAGGCCCCGCAGAACUUGUUCACUCUGCUGUAAAGUAUGUGUGUAUGUUAGAUUUACUAGAAUUAUCAAGGUGGGUUAGCGUGAACAGUCCUUAAACUCAAGAUGACUUUAGAGGAGUUUUUUUUGGUGAACCAACGCAAACCUCUCACAAUAUUGCCUUUCUCUUAGACACAAGGGGCAGCUAGCCUGCAGCCUUCUUCUAUCUAUUGUUGGCCACCGAACUCCCAUCAGCCCCAGCUGAUGGGAUUUGUAGUCCACAAGCAUCAGGAAGGCAGUAGGGUCACAUUAUCUAAAUGUGUGUAGAACUUCAGCCUUGGUUUCUAGUGUUUAAUGCUGUAUUGAUGGCUGUGUUUGUUGAAGGCAAUGAACACCCUGGCUCAGGCUGUUUUGGGAUGGGGGUCUUCCCCUCCAUGACUCUAUGCCAAAUCAUUCCUCACCUGAGUUUCUUUCAGUAGCAAAGUGGAAAAUUUGUAAGGGCCCUAUGGGUUCUUGAACAUUCACUCUCGGGAGCAUGCAUGUGGGAAGACGCAGGGUAUACAUAAGCUAUACAUUUAAAGCACAUUCCACCCCCUGCAAAGAAUCCUGGGAGCUGUAGCUUACCUCUCGCAGAGGGUUGUAUCCAGUGCUAGCCCCACUCAAGAGUAGACCCAUUGAAAUUAAUGGACAUGGCUAACCUAGGCCCAUAAAUUUCAUUGGGUCUAUUCUGAGUAGGCCUUGUCUGCAUACAACACAAGGAGACAAUUCCCAUAAUUGUGUGUGUGUGUGUGUGUGUGUGUGUGUGUGUGUGUUGUAGAGGGGAGAGGUGCUUUAAAUGUAUGGUGUGCCAUGAAUGGAAAGACCCCCUUUCCCUCACCCUGCUUUGUAGAAUAAGGAGGAUCCUGUUUCAGAACUCCUGCUAGGUGUGUAGUUUCGUCCCGGCUCUUAAUACUUCCUCAUAUUUCAAACUUAUUUAUUUAUGUAUAAGAUUCUGUAACGUGCCUCAGAGCUGCGGAACUUAUCUCUCUUUGUAGGUUCGGAUGUAAAUAGCAUGGAUUCAGUGGACAUUGGCUGUGCCCUCAGAAAUAAGGACAGCUGCCAGAAUUCGAAGACCGGAGCAGAUUCUAAUAAGACAGAGCUUGUUAUCUGGGAGAUAGAGGUACCAAAGGUAAUGCCCCACAUUUCUGGUAGAAUCUGGCCUAACCAAAGUUUUGCUUCAUACCUGAAAGUGUCUUGACUAUAUUUACACAUGGCUGUAUCAAUGCAGAAUCAUUCAGACGUAAUGGAAACAUAUAAGACAUGCCAAGCAGGAAUUGUUGAAUACAUCUUCAUAUUAAUCCUGUCUCCCUGAGGACUUGUGGAUGAGCACGCGUGUUUAGACAUGGAGGCGUUUGUGCAAGCAACUGGGAUUUUGGGGGAGCUUUCAGGGCCCAUAAGAGAGCAGGUUGGAGGAGAAAUCCUGGAGACAGUUUUGCUCAAGGCGUUUAAAAAGACAGAGAAGUAGAUGGGUGGUAGUCAGGGGCUUCUUUGGGUGUCUUACUGCAGCCUGAAGAAGCUCAUCCUGGAGGGGAGUGGCCUGGCUAGUGUAGAAGCUUGGAAGAGUAGCUGACUUGUUGUAAGAAGAUGGUGCAUGCAGCUAAGCAUAAAGAGCAUAAACACCAUAAGCAACUUGAGAGAGCAAAUGCUUGUCAAAAUAAUGAAAAGAGGAUGAAAAAGUAACCCCUCUUGGCACAGAGCCCCCAGCAAGUCAUUUCUCCUGACUUCAGAACUCAGAAGGGAUCUGAUCUGAUCUAGCUCAGCGUUGUUGACAUGGGCUUGGCAGCAGCUCUCCCAGCCGUCCCUGGAGAUGCUGGAGAAUGGACCUGGGACCAGAAAAGCUGAUGCUCUGUCUGCUAUGACUCUUCCUCAAACUCUUUUGAGAUGGAGCUUCAGCCUGACAGGUGGUGCUCUCCAACGUCUCCUUGGAGACCUCCAGUGAGGGAGACCCCAAACAGGGCCCACUUCAAGAAGGUUUUCACAAUGUUCAGCCAGGACCCACCGACUUCAGCUUCAUUCUGUGUGCAGAACGUUCCUUCAUGCUGUUUUUGUUCCCUGCAGCAUUUAGUCGGACGGCUGAUUGGGAAGCAGGGGAGGUACGUGAGCUUCUUGAAACAAACGUCCGGUGCCAAAAUCUACAUUUCCACACUACCUUACACCCAGGACUUCCAGAUCUGCCAUAUAGAAGGUGAGUGGGUGGGAUGGCAGAUGGCCAAGCGAGUGGUUUGGCUGGGUCUCUAGCGGGGUGUCUAACCAAGAGAUUGUGUCUAGGGAGCUGCCUUUCCAUGGGUCCCCUGUUGGAGGAAGUAUGCCUCCGCACACCAGUUGCAGGUGGAAUCCCGGGUGCGGAGAGGGCUGCUGCGCUCAGGUUCUGCUUGUGGGGCUUCCCUUGAGGACAGCUAGGAACAUAGAAAGCUGCCUUUUGGGCCAUCGGUCCACCUAGCUCAACAUUGUCUACACUGACUAGCAAUUGCUCUUUAGGAUUUCAGACAAGGAUUUCCUCCCAGGUGUCAUGGCCUGGUUGGAUGCAGAGGAAUGGUGGGAGGAACCAGCUGGGGAACUCCCAAGGGAAGAAGGUUCAGGACUCAGGCAGUGGUGGUGGGACAACAAUGAGUGGUCAGAGGGAGAAGACUGGGAGGAGGAGGUGUCGGAAGCUAAUGAGGUACCAGGGCUCAGUGAAUGAGGAGAGUUGGUGACAGAGAGAAGUCAAGAGGCAGAAGCUGAAGCUGGUGAGUGGGAUGAGGGAGGCCAAGAGGCAGAGAUGAGUCAGGCUGCUGAAGAGUCACAGGUGUCUCCCCGUCCUGCUGCGACAAGCUCCCUUCCCACCUGGUCUCCCAGAACCAGAAGAGGCAUGAAGCGGGAGGAGGAAAGACAAGCACGCUGGGGCAGUCUUGGGUCGUUGGAAAAAACCCUGGAGAGGAGGAGGAGACAUAGUCAGCUGUGGGGAGGCAGGGACCUUCAGUCUCAUUGACUGGUCCAGGGGGGGUAAGACCUACCAGGGAUGAGUUCCUGUGUUCAUUAGGCCUGACACUCCACCAGGUCUGUGCAGACCCUUUUCUUGCUAAUAAGCAGUCAUAGCUAAUAAGUGUCAUAGAGCUCUACCACUGAUCUAUGGCCCUUCCCCACCUGGUGGGCAAUUGUGAGAACAGAGUGCUGAGCUAGAUGGGCCUUUGGCCCAAUGCACCAGGACUCCUCUUACACCCUUACAUGUCACAUGGUUGGUCCACCUAGCCUGGCAGAAGCUGUUCUGCUGUUAUCUGUGCAGCCUUGAACAAGUCACUCUUGUUGUGGCGAGCAUAGUUAAUCACCCUGCCUCACAGAGAUGCAGACAAGUUUGAUCUCCUGCUUUGUCUCUGGAAACCUCCUAAGCAUCUGCCUCUUUUUCUCUCCUUCACCCCCACCCGCCCCCCAAAAGGCUCUCAGCAAAACGUCGACAAAGCCCUGAGCCUGAUUGGCAAGAAGUUCAAGGACCUGAGCCUCACCAAUAUCUAUGCUCCACCACCUCCCCCGCUGCCAGUGCAUUCUCUCCCCAUGACCUCCUGGGUAAGCGCAGGCUCUGUGGGAUAUCUUUGGGGCAUAAUAAUAAUAAUAAUAAUAAUAAUAAUAAUUUAUUUGUAUCCCGCCCUCCCUGGCCGAGGCCGGGCUCAGAGCAGCUAACAUCAUAAAAACAACACUAUGCAUAAAAACCGACAUCAAUUAAUUAAAAUACAUCUUAAAAUUAAUUCAGACAAGUUAAAAUCGGGGCAGGUGGCAAUUAUCAGGUUGGAAUUGAGAGUGGUUAAUACUUGCUGGGGCCAACUGUUUCCACUGAUCAUACAAAGACCUGUGAGCGGGUUGGGGGCCGCCUUUGGGCUUGUUUUAUACAAAGGAAAGUAAGUCAAACUGCAUCCUGCUCAAAGGUCUGGCGGAACAGCUCCGUCUUGCAGGCCCUGCGGAAAGAUAGAUGGCAAAUCCCUUAAAGAGCUGCAUGAGACACCGGCUGUUGAAGGCGUCAGACUCACUGGUUCGUGGGCUGCAGCAUCAUGUGGGUCCCUUUUCGGCAGGUCUCUGUAGUUAAGACUCCUGGGCAGUGGCGUGCAGUGAAUCUUUUUUGUAGUGGAACAAUUAGGGCCAGAGUACACAAGCAUUGCGCCUCCCUAAGCUGGGCAAAAGGUUCCCAGGUUUUGGGAAGGAGGCGCCAGACUUCUAACACUUCAGUGCUCUGAUUUACCAGGAACAUUUAGGGGACUAGCCUGGUGCCCCUUGUCCACUGACAAGGGUUCUCAAAAUGUGUAAUGUGUUCCCUCAUAUAUAACAGGCUUUGUGUAGGUGUGGGUAGAUCUGUACAGUUGUGUGGGUUUUUUUAAGGCACUUUUAAAAUUUUAUGUUUGGUUUGCAGUUGAAGGGCAGGAAUGGAAGAUAUUUGCCCCCUAGGGCAGGAAUGGGGGACCUGUGGCCCUCUCCCUGGCCACACACACAAACACACAGAAAUUCUGAGGAUGGAGGGGCUAUCAUGAGGGCCCCCUUUGCCGAUCUCAGCACCUGAGAGAGCCUGUAGGAACGGGGGCGGUCUUUCUGAUAUUGGGGGCCUGAGUCAUUUAGGGAUUUAAACACUAACGUGAACACAUUGAAUUGGGUUUGGGAAUGAAUGGGCAACCAGCGCCGCUGUUUUAAAAUGGGGUUUUACGUGAGACCUAAGUGGGAAACUCAGCCAUUAACAUGGCGGCUGCAUUGUGGAGCAACUGAUGUUCCCCAGCCAUCUUCAGGGGCCGUGCUCGUUGCAAUAAUCCAAGAUGUUACCUGAGUGGAAAAACAUGUUCUCUCUCUGACAGCUCAUGCUUCCAGAUGGGGUAACGGUGGAAGUGAUCGUGGUCAACCAAAUCAACGCGGGACACUUGUUUGUGCAGCAGCACACGCACCCCACUUACCACGUCCUCCGUAGUCUAGACCAACAGAUGUACCUGUGCUAUUCCCAGCCGGGUAUUCCCACCAUGCCGACACCGGUGGAGGGUGAGUGCUUCUCCUUUCGAUGUCUCUGGGACGCCUUUGGUAGAAUCUGCCUGACUUCCACCGUCGCUGGCUCUUAGCACAAGCCGCUUGCAUUGGAUGUGGAAAGGGAUCCAGCAAACACAGCUCUUCCCAUGUAGUUCCCCAGGCCUUUGAUCAGCACAACAUUGCUCCCCCCUGUGUCUUGCAGAAUUUAAAAAAGCACCCAAGUUUGUUUUAUUAUUAUUUAUUUAUAUUCAUUUUCCAUAUUACAUCUAUACAAAGCAUACCUUAGUCUUACACUUCGCGACUUACCUUCCAUUUAUCUUAUUUCAUAUUCUUAAUUUGCUACAUCUCCUUUUAUUUUCUCCCCCGUUUAUUGUUUUCCUUGUCUUUGUCUUGUCUGCUGCUGCCCAUAGGCUUAUCCCACUUGCCAGUUAACCUUAAGACCACUCUUCUUUAAAUAUUCUUCAAAAUGCUCCCACUUGUCUCUUGUUUUCUUUCCAUCUUAAUUCCUCAUUUUGGCUGUUAAGCUUGCUAACUAAAGCAACACAAGUUUAGUUCCUCCAGGCUGCUGCUGGUGUUGCAUAUACCAAACAAACAAUUAACAGUCCUUAGGCUGGGGAAUGCCUAAAAUGUUCCUUGCCACAGCCCAGCUUGCUAAAUCUCUCUAUUCUAAUCUCUCUGUCCUGACUCAGUUCUAUUAGUUGAGCUGCUCUGAUGUCAGAGGAGCAGGGUGCCAAGGGAGCAAACAGAAGUCUCUUUCUUUCUUUCUUUCUAAACUGAAAUUACAGCCAUAAGAAGCUGCUUUAUAUAUUUCAUUUAAUUUUCCUUUUAUUUGGUAUACCACCUUUCUAUAUUGCUAUACACAAGGAGGUUUUCACCAACAAAAUAUACAACACACACAUAAUAAUCUGAUCCAAUUCAGAUAGUUAUCUUAUAGAAUCAGACCUGUGGUCUAUUUAGCUCUAUGUUGAUAAGCAGCAGCUCUCCAGGGUUUCAGUCAGAAGUCUCUUCCAGCCCUACAUGGGAGAUGCUAGGGAUUGACUCUGGGACGUUCUGCAUGCAAAGCACAUGCUCUACACUGAUGUUUCCCAAACUUGGGUCUCCAGAUGUUUUUGGACUACAGUUCCCAUUAUGCCUGACCAUUGGUCCCACUGGCUAGGGAUGAUGGGAGUUGUCCAAAAAACAGCUGGAUACUCAAGUUUGGGAAAACUUGCUCUACACCCUGAGCUAAGGCCCUUCCCAGAGUUCUAGAAGCCAUUUCAGGUGAACUGAGCAGCAUUUUGGAUCACAAACAAGUCAGUCAGUUCUCUAUAAUAUAGUCACCAGCCACUCAGAGAUAAACCUGCCACUUAUGGCCUAUGAUGGAAUGAAGAAUUGAUAGUGGUUUUAUUAUUAAAGUGCCAGUGCUGUCAGAAGUGUAUUCAGGCUGUCUCUUCAGGUGAUGCAAACGUAGGAAAAAGUCAAACCAAUGGCUAAGGUGCCAAGUUAAUUUCAGUCUUCACUUUAGAUUCUACCUUUAGCACCGAAUAGCAUGAGAGUCAUUCUCCCAGUUUUCGGUUUGCUCCUAAAAGAGAGUAACAGCAACCUUAUCUUUGAGUGCUUAAACUGUAAAGGUUCAAAGUGGGUGAGUGAUUGCUGGGGAACAUGAUGAGGCUUUUGCAAUGAACAGGAAGUUGGAAACUCUCAAAGACUUUUUGCAUGAAAAAGAGAAAUAAUGACACUUAGAUGCCAUUAUUGAAGAUAAUGCUUGUUUAUAGAGAGUGGUGUUUUGGGGUGUUAUAUUGGAGUGGUUGAAGUGAAUAUUGUUUAUAUAUAGUGGAAAAAUGAAGAAUUGGAAGUUCUUUAGUUUCUGAACUCUUUUCUUUCUCUCGCUUUUAAUACCUUUUCUAUAUCCUGUUUUGUUAUUUCUUUCUCCUCCCCCCCUCUGUUUAUAUCUUAUUUAGAUUAAUGUUUUAAGGUAAAGGUAAAGGGCCCCCUGACUAUUAGGUUCAGUCGUGACUGACUCUGGGGUUGCGGCGCUCAUCUCACUUUAUUGGCCAGGGGAGCCGGUGUACAGCUUCCGGGUCAUGUCAUUAAUGUCUUAGUUUGGAUUAAAAAAAGAUACCUGAUAUUAAGCCUUGUAGUUCUUUUUAUAAACCCUAAUAUAGUUUAUUCUCUAUAAAAAAAGAAAAGCUGGUGUGUGAUCUCACAUUUGAUCCUUUCUUUCGAACUCUUGUGCUUUGCAGUUGGUGUUGUCUGUGCUGCGCCAGGCAUGGAAGGGGCCUGGUGGCGAGCGCAAGUAAUUGGCUACUUCAAAGACACCACUGAAGUGGAGAUCAGAUACGUGGACUAUGGUGGAUACGAGAGAGUCAAGAUUGACACACUCAGGCAGAUCAGGUGAGCGGCCCAAGAACUGCCCUCAGAAAUGGCAGAUAGCGGGUGCCUGUCCCUUCCCAUCAUUAAGGAGAGGGGAAAGUUGUCCUGUAAAAAUGGGGAUGAAGGUGUGAUACACAGAGAAGGCGGCCCUUAGCUUUUCAACCUGUUCAGCACUCAAGCCCUCAAGCCACACACUUCUGUUGCUGCCCCUAACAAGCUGUGAUAGUUUAUUGGUUGAGUUCUUGUUUUCUGGCAAUCUCUCACCUUGCUUUUUUUUUUUUAAGGUCUGACUUUGUAACACUACCUUUCCAAGGAGCAGAGGUCCUCUUGGACAACGUAGUGCCACUUCCAGGUAAUGUCAGUCAUUGGUGGCAGAUUUUUCCUUUUACCUUUAGGACUUGUAUUUGUGCCUGUGUAAGUGGCACGGUUUGUGUCUAGGGGUGUGAGAUGAGGUGGAGGGUUUUUGGGGAGGACCCACCAUUCAAACUGCGUAAGAACAGCAGUUAACAGCAGAACAGUAGAGCCUACUCAGGCUCUACUUCCAGCUCAUGUUGCAUUCUUGCAGAGAGGGGGCUGUUUACGGAGGUUAAAGCCAGUAGGAUUAGGCUGUCCCUUCAAAGUUAAUCAGAGUCAUGCCUUAGUAGUGUCUGUAAUUGGGACCCUCUUCAGUGAAACCAUGGGAGAAUAUUCCCAAGUUCUCCCUGGCCCCUCUUGCAUGACCUGAACUCUUCCUGUGAAAGGUUAGGGACUGGAUAGUGGCUGUUUUCAAACAUAACUUGGUCUCUUCCAUCAUGCUGGAUUACUGCAUGUACAGCUGCAGUAGCAGACCAAUUUUGCAAAAACAAAGGUGGGUGGAAUGGCGCAGUCAAAGGUAGACUGCACCUUUUGAGGGGGGAGCACUACUCCUUCAAUUUUGUGGAGAAUUACCAUAUCUAAAUAUUUAUACACUGCUGUUUCAUUGUGUUUUUUUUCAUGCACCAACAUGGUUUACGGAGGUUGUACAAUAGAAACCAUGUAAAAAAAGUUGAAGUUGCAAAUUGUCCACUAACUGUUACAGAAAGUUGUUUUCUUAAUGGCCUGCAUAACUUUGCUGGCAUAGAAGUUUUCAGUUUUCAUUUAAAAGUUACACCAGAUUGUGUUCUGCUAUUUGUGGGGCUGUGUGUGUGAGCACAAAGGCAAGAGGUAGGCAGAUCAAACUUGGCAAUUCCCUGAUGGGUUUGUGUGAAAACCAAAGUUCUUUGAAAUCACAUUAAGACAGGCCCACCAACCAAAAUAGCGUCUCAGGCAGGCAGGUGUAAUGUUAAGAAUCAAGGAACAGGAUGCCUCUUGACCAUACAGUCAAGCCAGUAAUUUUUUUAUUUCCUUCUUAUUACCAAAAUUUAGAUACUAUAUGUCCCGCAUGUUAAGGUCUCUGAAAGAAGAAUUAAAGUACAUGUUAAUGAUAGGAGUCCAGUGAUGGAAGUGGGGGUGAUAUUGUUUGGGGAGGGGUUGUCCUCCUUCACCCCAAUGUGGCACCUCCCAUGCCGUGCUUUCAUAUUACAUCACUGAUGUGCUAGCUUUCUCCAUGCAAGCAGGAUCUCUUGUUUGUGUUGGAGCAGCUUUCAGAUAUACAGGAAAAUGGUGCUACCUUAAGAGUAACACUCCUUCCUUCCUUUCCUUCUUUCCUGAAAGAUGACGAUCACUUUUCAUCUGAGGCGGACACAGCUGUUAGUGAAAUGACCAGAGGUACACCUUUGCUUGCACAGGUAUGUGUCAUGGCUGUGAGCUUUUAUUGUUUAGUGCUGCCUUUUGUUGUGAGAAACUUGACACAAGGCUCUAGUCCUACCUGGGAGCCAUCCCCUUGGAAUGUAGUGGGGCUUACUUCUGAACAGCACUAAAAAUCAUGGCAGCAAUGACCGUUUCUUAAAACAAGGUUAGACACUUUUCAGCUUAGUUAGGCUAAGUACUUACGCAGCUGCAAUGCCUUACUCUCCUCAUCUUUGCCAAGAAAACCAGAACAACUUGGCUCUGCCCAUUUUUACCACCAUGUGACCUUAUCGGUCCCACUUACAUGACCUCCUCGGCUACAGCCACCCCACCAGGGGCUGCCAGCCACUGCUGCUCAUGCUCCAUUCGGAGCCACAGAAUAAUGUUUGAAGACAAAAAGCAUACUGAACUUGUAAUACAUUGGCCAUUCCGAGCCAGGCAGAUUUGUAUACUGAGCCAGGUAAUUGCAGAUUUUGGUGACAUUGCUAGUGUAAAACUGGAAAGAUCACUUCCGCUGUCUUUAGGCAUGUUGCAACGUACCAGAAUAUGUCUGGAGGAUAAUUGUGCACUCUCUGCUGCUACUGCUCCUCUCUUGCUAGGCAUUAAUAGACAUCUCUGAUUCCAGGUGACAAAUUAUGACAGUGCAACGGGCUUGCCCCUAAUACAGCUGUGGAGCAUGAUGGGAGAAGAGGUAUUUAUGCUACUAAAUAGAGCACCGGGACAGGAUCUUUGAUGUAUAAAUGGGCCCAGGAAUUAAAACUACUCCAGCAUAGCCAACAUGGUGCCCUCCCGAUGUUUCUCAUUAGCCCCAGUCAGCGUAAACUGUGAUUGGGGACGGUGGAGAUUUCAGCUGAGCAACGUAUUGAGGGCACCAUGUUGGGUAUCCCUGCUCAAAUCCAGUGCAUUGCCAUUUCAUAGGCUAGGCGCAGGCAUCCCCAAACUUGGCCCUCCAGCUGUUUUGGGACUGCAGUUCCCAUCAUCCCUGACCACUGGUCCUGUUAGGUAGGGAUGAUGGAAGUUGUAGGCCAAAAACAUCUGGAGGGCCAAGUUUGGGGGUGUCUGGGCUAGGGGAUCAGAAUAAAGGAUGGAUAUUUCAGUAAAUCUGCAUGUGAACACGCCUUGUAUUCAGAAUGCUAUGGGUAGCAGGCCAGCGCUAACCAUGCCAUGAAAUGGGCCCAUUGAUGUUAAUGGAGAGGAUUAACUUCGAGUUGUUAAAUUUCACUGGGUCUACUCUGAGUUGGCUACAACCCUAUGUUUUUCAGUUUCUUUGUUAACCUGUGGGGCUGGGGGGGGGGAAACGAACCUGUAGGUCCCUCCAGAUGUUGCUGGACUCAACUCCCAUCGUCCCAGACCACUGGCCAUGCAGGCCUGGGGCUGAUGGGAGUUGGAGUCCAGCAAUUCCUGGCAGGCCUCGCAGGCUGCUUAUCUCUGCCUUAGCACAGGACAGCAGAACUUCUAACACCUUUCAUUUUCUCCUUUUCCAGUUGGUGUCUAUAAACCGAACCUUGGUGGAAAGAGGGUUUGCGCAGUGGAUCGAAAGCUACUAGGAGAGUUCUUGGCUGUCUUCUUGACUAAUCUUUCCUCUCCCCAUCCCUGACUUAUCCCUUCCCCACCCUCUUUUUUUGGCACUGUUUCGGAAUUGGGUUUGGCAAUCUUUCCUCCUCCCCGCCCCAGCAUAUGUCACUUCCGCUUUAAUUCUGUUUUGAUGUAUUCAUCUGAUGGACACAGUUUAUUUAUCAUACCUCAUUUUGCAGAAAAGCAAGGAGUUGAACCAUAAGCCAUAAAAAUACUGCAGCUUUAAAACGCAGCUCUUUAUUCUGCCCCCCCUACCCCACCCUGAUCUGGGUCCAAAAGCGAAAUUUAAACAAAACUUUAAUGAAGGGGGAAAAGAAAUGUCUGGGGAGGGUUGUAUAACACUUGUCCUCAAAGGAUUUAAGAUGUGUGUUAAACACAACCCAGUUUUCUAAACUGGCUGCCUUAACAUGAAGGCGACUCUAUGUGGAAGUAAAAUUGUUUUCAGACCUAGCCCCCUCACAGACACAAAAAGAGGAAAAAAAACCCUGUGGUGAUUGAUCUGAAUUUUGGGCGCAUGACAUAGACCUGUGCUUCCAAACAGCAAAAGCAAGUCUUCUUCAGCUGUGCUUUGGGAGGCUGAAGGACUGAAUGAACAGAUAGCGCUCAUUAACAGUAUAUUGUUGACUUUUUAAAAUUACAGCUGUUUUCGCAAGAGAUGGAAAACACUGCUUUGCAGACCUCCUUAAAAAUCAUGUGAUUAAGUGAACCACUACAGCUGCAGCUGUCUUAAAUCCCUAGAUCAUGUUUAACAACAACAAAAUUGAUUGCCAAGCCUGAUUGUAAUUCAUAACUGUUUUUCUAGAUGUGCAAAAACCUAUGUAAAUAUAUAUAAAAAAUCAUUGUAAUAUUUUGUACAAGAGAAAAAAAAAUACUGGAGAACUAAAAAGGGAACUUCAAAGAAAAUCAGUUUUUUUUCCUUUUUUGCCACACCAAAAUGUCCUCUGUAGGUAGAAAACGGUUUGGGGCGUGUUGUUGUUGGCAGCUAAGCAUUAGAAGGUCUGAGGAGGAUCCUUCAUAGGCUCUUGUGUACAGGAUGGCUUUUCUCUAGCUUGCUGUAUGGUAGGAACAGUAAUCAAUGGACUCUGCUACUUUUUGCUGUACAGAACUGACGUAAAGUGGGGGAAAGUUAACAUUUGGAAUUAAUAUUUCAGUGGUGUGUCUCAAUUUAUUUCUUUUGCUCCUUUUUAGAUUGGUUUCAAAUGUGGAAUAAAAAAAAAAUCAAGUAAUUUAAGCUAAUUUAAUACUAUUAAAAUAUAAAUGAAUCUAAACAUGGCCAUUGAGUUGGGAGUUAUUACUGGCGGGGGAAGAUGCUUGGGACUACUUUUUUUAUUUAGACCACCAACUACAGUUUUUCAGAUUUGCCUUCUCAUAUAAAAUAUCCGGCACAAUUCCUGUUCCUAAGAUAUUGUAGGACACCUUGUAUGUGAAAACAAGUUGAUAACUUUCAACAAUUAAAUGCCUCCAAAUGCAAGGAACUUGUAUUGAAUUGUUUUGGUAAGACGCUUGCCUAUCUCUUCAAAGACUUGAGUCUGUAUUCAAAUGGUCACAUUAGAAGCUGAUUUUGGGCAGCUUCAGAGCUCCUCUAGGAUGGGAGUAGGGAACAUGUAGUCCUUCAGAUGUUGCUCAUCAUCUAAUUAUUGGCCAUGCUUGAGUUCAGCGACAUUUGAAGGGCUACAAGUUCCCCAUCCCUGCUGUAGAAAGCUGUGUGUAAUUAUCUAGAAAAAUGAGUGUUGGGUGUAGUUGCCUUUUGCAGGAUCCAAUCUAUGUGGGCUUUAGGAUUUGCUUUCUUUCUUAAUAAAAGUUUAAGUGUGUUCAAGGGAAGCUUAGCUGCUAAAUUUGCUUAAAUUUGUUCAGAAGAUCUAGAAUACAUUACCACCGUCACCCCUUGAAUUAUAGCAUACUUUUUUGUUAUUGUUAAGCACCUGGGGAAAUAGUUCUAAUAUGCCUUCUUUUCCACACUUCCUUCUGCUCUGGAUACAAAUGGUAUGAAAAUGGGGAUGCAAAAACAAAACAGUCUGGGCUUUUUUCUUAGAAUCAUUAAAUUUCAAGCCUUCAUGAAUGCAAAAGUACUCCGGCAGGCAAAUGGACAAGUAACAUUUUUGACUGGUUGUGGGUGCGUCUUCAAUGCCUCAGUAUAUUAAAACUGGGAUAAAAAUAUACAAAAUAAAGAGCAUGGAAACUCCCAUAAAACUACACGGAUUCAAAAAUCUUCGAUGCCACUCUCUUCCCACCUGUUACCAGCAAUGUGUUUUAAAGCCUGUUUGCAAUUUUGAUACAAGGUCAAGCAUCAAAACUUCAGCUGUACAGAGUUCCUUGAUCAUUGAGAGAGCACUGUUGACAAGUGUUCGGAUUUCUGCUUAUAAAAUCUUGUUGCUAAAAACA